AUGAAAACCAGCAAGGUCUAUAAGCUCGUCAUUCACAAGAAAGGCUUUGGAAGCAGCGGUCAGUAGCCAUGGAGGUGGUGGAAAUACCCUCAGGGCUCUUUGUGUAAAAAGUGCAAUAGAAUAAUCUCUAUUGAAAUAAAUUCUUUGCUGUCUGGAAAUGCUGCAGGUAAACAGCAUUACAGUAAAACAGCCUUACAGAUUUAUAACCCCACCUCCCUAAUUUCUUCCCCCUUUCAGAUGAUGAGCUUGUGGUGAACCCCAAAGUAUUUCUUCAGAUCAAGCUGGGAGACAUUGUGGAAAUUGCACACCCUAAUGAUGAAUACAGGUGAAUCCUUUUGUAUUUGGGCUUUUGCAUGCAGCAAUUUGGGGGCAUGAUGCAGGAAAAGGGGCCAUCUUUGCAGACUCCGCCAAAUGGUUGGCAGCUUUGAGGUAGGUUUGAUGAAGGCCUCUAGCUUGACAAAACUAAAGUUGACAUUUGUGAAGGAGUACCGCAUGUGUACCGCAUGUACAGUGGUACCUCCGGUUGUGAACGGGAUCUGUUUCAGAGGUCUGGCCGGAUCCCGAGGUUUUCACAACCCGAGGGUCACUGUCCUGUGCAUGCAUGUGGCGAUACCUGGUCUGAUACUUCCGGGUUUGCCGCUUUCGUAACGUGAAGUUUACGUAACCAGAGGGUUACGUAACCCUAGGUGCUACUGUAUUUAGUUGGUUACAGAUGCUGGCUGUUACCCUGCUGUGUUUGGCAUUGAGGUAAGAAGCUCCAACUCGAUGGGGCAGGAUGGUAUGUUAGCUAUUACUCCAAGAUUACUAGGACACAUUCAGCUAGACAAUACAUAUUAGAAUUAGUCUUAACGUCUUUCCACCUCUUGGUCAUGUCUUUCACUAUACAGUGAAGUAUUUGAAUGUUGAUCUAUGUCUCUUGCUGGCUCAAUGGGAAACGUGUACUUGGAGGGGGGUUGUUUUGUGUGACCACCUUUAGCUGUUGUUGCUGUAUGUUUUUAAUAUUUGUUUAUUAUGUAAGUUGACUUGAUGCCUUUGUGUAGAAGGUAAUACAUAAAGUUAUUCUAUAUUUUUUAAAGUUAUGCUGUGCUUUGUAAGUGCACAGAAGACAUCAUGCACCAGUUCCUUUAAACUCCUGACCACUAGAGGUUCUGGCUUCAUAAAGAACCUUGGCCACAUCUCCUAAACCAUGAUGGACAGAGUGUUAAAAGCAUGGUCUUGCUUGGGUGGAGAUUCAUGUGCUUGGUUGUUGUUUUCCCUGGGAGGGAUUUGACUGCUGCCCUACCUUGUGCAAUAGAAGAAUGUCCCACUUCUAAUCCAGGAGUUUACCAGGCCUAUGGAGACACAAGAGUGUUCAAGCCAGCCACCUUGUGGUUUUGGCAUUCUUACUACUUCCUAGCCUCCUCCUUCCCAAAUCAAUUUAGCUUCUGGUUGCACAAUGCGAAUCUUGAAUUAAAAGUGUAAGGGAAAUGCUGAUCUCUUGAAGCAGCUAUGAUGCCCUCCUUGGACGUCAGUGUGGUAGGGUUUAGGGGAUACAUUAGAACAUCUCAGCUUCUUAGAGUAUGUUGUAGAGGCCCAAUUCAUGCAGCUGUUUAUCUCUCUUAUGUUCCAGCCCUUUGCUCCUGCAAGUGAAGUCACUUAAGGAGGAUUUACAGAAAGGUAGGGAUUUUCUGAUCUUUAUUUGCGUGCACCUUAAUGAGUGCAGUAUAAUCAGCCAAUAGUGUUGUCUGCUGUCAAACAGCUCUCCAUCUAGGGAGUGACAAGGUCUCUGUGAGAUCCAGCAUGAAGUCUUUGCUGAGGUAACUCAGUUGGAAGCCACCUUCUCUCAAUCACCUAGGAUUUCCUUCUUUUCGCAGAAACCAUAAGUGUAGAUCAGACUGUGGCACAGGUGUUCCGACUGAGACCCUACCAGGAUGUCCAUGUGAACGUUGUUGACCCAAAGGUAUUUGUGGCACUGCACCCUUUGCCCUGGGGCAUUUCCACCUGGUCUGAUUUCUAAGCAUGUGGGGAUUGUCUCCCAGCCCGAGUUGCAAAAGCAGGUUAAUCUGCUCUGUGGAGGCAUUGAAAAACUUUUGCAAAGUUGCAUUCUGCUGGUGUUCAGCAAUUCUAGCAGGAGAGUAGCAGAUCUCGGACUAUGGCUGUAUACUCCUUGCUGUAGGGCAGCCUGCCUUAGAUGGAUGCCUUUACAUGCUCUGAGUACUUUAACAAGCUGCCUACUCAAUUACAGGUGGUUUACAUAAAAUAUGAUCCAAAAUAUAAACAGACUAUACAAAUAGCGGGCAUAAUAAAGUCAUCAAAAUACAGUCAAAACUAACUGUUUUAAAAACUAGUAUACCUAAGCUUAGCAGUUCUGCAAUGGGGAUCAUAUAUGCAGGUGUUUAUCUGUUAUAAAGCUUAUUUUCUUUCAUUAUUUUUUUUUGUAAACUGCUUUGAGGUUGUUGGAGUUUUUUAAUCAAGCGCUGUAUAAUAAAUUUUCUGAAAUAAAUAAUAAUAAAUAAUUUUUUUGUCAAGAAAUGAAAAGUUCUCUUCAGCUAGGUGGGGAGAUCAGGGGAGCUUGUGCUUGUAAUCAGGAGCCUACAGAUUUCAGCGCCAGGCCUCCACAGGAGCAGAAUGGGGCUCUCAAACACCUAAGCCAUCAAGCUUCUCUGCUCCCCUCCUCUUUAGGAAGUGACCCUUGAUCUGGUGGAGCUGACGUUCAAGGAUCAGUACAUCGGGCGUGGGGACAUGUGGCGACUGAAGAAGAGUUUGGUGAGGCCCUGCGUCUGAUCUGGGAGGGAAAGUGCUCUUUGUUCAUUCUCAGAUUGUGAUGGACUCGACUUGGGGAUCUGAGGCUGCUGCUCUGUGCAUAAACUGGACAAAUACUGACAUUCAAAUUUGUUACAGGACUGGGGCAAUGGGAGAGAACUGUGAGGGUCAAAUGGGGUGGGGAAUACGGCCCCCUGAGUUCUUUGUCUGGCCCUCAGAACCCCACCCUAGCCACGCCACUUUCCCAAGCUGCACACUUCACCAGCCCUGCCUGGCUUGAAUGUGUCAUUGAACUGUUAUAAUGUGCCUUCCUUGCCUACAUGGAGAGGGAUGUGGGUGUAGAAACCUCCGGAUUUGGCAUGGCAGAAAUGUGGCCUGCUGUACGAAUGAGAGAAUCGCAACUACUGCUCUGCCUACUUUUGUAUUUGGCCCCACUCUACUCCCAAUCACUGGCAUGUAGCCCUCAGGCAGUAAAAGGUUCUCACCAGUAGUGUAGAACAUGGGAUGUUUUUUGGUUAGGGUCUGAGAGGAUGGCAAAGAGAGGUGGGUUCUGGGCUGAAAUAAGAUGUGGUAGGAAUAGAGGGCAAGCAGAUGAGGCGAUAGUGGAUGAGAGCUUAUGGGCCUUUCAUAAGCAUGUUUACAAAUGCAGCCGUGAGUGCUAGAAACCAGUUCCACCCCCCUCUCUGAUGUGCUCAGGGGUAAGAGGUAUGAAGAACAGUUGUCUUCUGCAAAUUCACACUGCCUUGAGUUCUCAUUCCCUCUCUUUUUCUCUUUUAAACCAAAUGCCUGCUAGGUUGGCACAUGUGCCUAUGUCACUCAGAAGGUGGAAUUUGCAGGUAUUCGGUGAGUAUCCAGCCACACCCCACACAUACCCUUUGCUCCCUCUCCACAUCUCUCUCUCGCUCUCUCGGAAGUGCUUUCUUUAGAAAUCUGACUGUGCAGGCAAUGGUUAUGUUGCCCCCAAAGUAAUAACACAGAACCGUAGAAUUCUAGAGUUCAAAGGGACUUCUGGAGGUCCUCUGUCCCAACUCCCUGCUUGGUGCAGGAGCCUUGCAAAUACAGCAUGUGCGGGGAACUUUUGGUCCUCCAGAUGUUGUUGAACUACAAUUCCCAUCAGCCCCAGCAAGUGAUGACAGAGGACCUCCAACAUCUCUUCCAGCUCUAGAAUUUUGUGGUUUCAGUUUUGAGGUUUUAAUAAUAAGCAGAGCUGUUUGUAUGCACCAGAUAAAUUGAUUAAUUGAAAUUGAAAUAAUUGAAAUAUUUUAUUGUCACUUGUACAACUUGUAUACAGUGAGAUUACACGAGCACCCCCCACUCAGCUCUCUUAGUCUUAAUUCCCCUUGUUUACUGAUGCACACCCACCAAACCUGAAAGUCAGUUGCCCUGUUGUUAUCUUUUCAUUCAGCAGCCUAACAGCCCGCAGAUAGAAGCUGUUCUUUACCCUGUUGGUGUGACUAAUCAUGCUUCUAUGUUUUCUGCUUUAAUCAGGCUGAUGAUACCAUCAAGUUAAACAUUGAGUUGCAGCUCUAGUAAUAGUAUUUUGGAAAUCAAUGCAAACAUGCCCUUGAGGAGCUCUUGAGACUCAUGCUUCUUCCAGGAAGUUUUUAGUGUUUGAUGUUCUAUUGUGUUUUUACUAUUUUUUGUUGGGAGCUGCCCAGAGUGGCUGGGGCAACCCCGUCAGAUGGGUGGCAUAUAAAUAACUUAUGAUGAUGGUGAUGCACCUAAAAGGGCAUUUCCUUUUUUGUUAACCCAAAGCCCAGGGACAGGGGUUAGUCCUGGCGCUGUCCCCUCCCGCCAAUACAGCCCAGCCGGUAGCAACCCCAGUUUUCAUGUCCACUGUUUCGGAAUGUGAUAACUGAUUCUUUUUGGCUUGCUUCUAGGGCUCAAGCAGGUGAACUUUGGGUCAAAAGUGAGAAGGUCACGUGUGGCUACAUCAGUGAAGACACCCGGGUAGGCCUCUUUAUUCCCCACCCCAGAGUUUUCUCUCUCCCCUUUUCAAGCGUUUGUUCUACACUAUCAAGCAGCAGCUAGAGCAGUAGUUUUUACUGUUUGUGUGUCUCUUGCAGGUUGUCUUCCGCUCAACCUCCGCCAUGGUAUAUAUCUUCAUCCAGAUGAGCUGUGAAAUGUGGGAUUUUGACAUCUACGGUAUGGAGAAAUAGGAGCCUUCCUGGAAAUCUGCCCGUCCCAUACCUACUGUUAGCACUGUGCCUCCAUGAGAGCUCAUCCCACUCCCACAUGGCUUGUUCUAACCUAGAUUUGGUCGACAAGCAAUGAGUUGUCUCUUGUGACCGGUCAACCAUGGUUUGUUACUGCAAACCUUGGUUUGUUUUCCAGUUGCCUUGUGACACAGGCAUCUUGGGUGGGUGUGUCCAAACAACUCUUGUGGUUUGUGAGGCCGAGCUCCAUUUGCUCUGAUGAACCGGCUUCCACUGCAAGUACGGCCCCUCCCCUGUUGAGUAAACACCUGGUGGGAGGAGCGCGGGUUGCAGUAUCAAUGCUCCUUUGAACAGAAAUCACUCUUAGUCUCUCUCUUCCCCCCUCCCCCCGUUUUAUUACUCUUCCCUUUGCAGGGGACCUUUACUUUGAGAAAGCUGUGAAUGGUUUCCUCGCUGAUCUCUUCACCAAGUGGAAGGUAACUUUCUGUGUCUUCGGCUGUAGCAAUGGAAUAAAGGUGUGCUUUUUAUUUUGUGACCUUGGCUCAUAUUCAGACCCACUUGCAACUGGGGUAAGGAAGUGUUCCUUACCCUCAAUAGAUAUUUGAGCUUCCCCAAAUGUAGAUACAGUGGUGCCCCGCAAGACGAAUGCCUCGCAAGACGAAAAACUCGCUAGACGAAAGAGUUUUCCGUUUUUUGAGUCGUUCCGCAAGACAAAUUUCCCUAUGGGCUUGCUUCGCAAGACGAAACGUCUUGCGAGUUCUUGCGAGUUUGUUUCCUUUUUCUUAAAGCCGCUAAGCCAUUAAUAGCCGCUAAGCCGCUAAUAGCCGUGCUUCGCAAGACGAAAAAACCGCAAGACGAAGAGACUCGCGGAACGGAUUAAUUUCGUCUUGCGAGGCACCACUGUAAAACAUAACCCAGAUAGGAGGUUCCUUGGUGGAAGUUGCUGCCUGGUUAUGGGACAAUUGGAUCCAAAGGAGGGAGGGAAAAGGAACCUGGGGAGUCCACAGGAUGCUGUAAUGCAGGGAACUCCAAUGUGAAGAUUACCUAGACAUGAUAUACUCCCAGCUCCCAUCAGCUGCAGUCAAUGACUAAGCAUGAUGGGAGUUGUAGUCCCCUAUCAUCUGGGUGGCUUCAGGUUGGCAACCUCAGCUUGCAGGACCUUGGAGGUACGUAGCAUAGCAAAUUAUGUUUGCCCACUUGCUUAAUUUUUUUUUAAUGGAGAAUUGUAGCAGUUCUUCCAAAGAGACUUUGGAUAAGUGACUUUCAAGUAAACGAAGAGCCAUAACAUUAGAAGGUAAAGAGAAGUCCAGUCCUGUCUUGACAUUUGUCAGGUUUCUGAAUAGAUACUGAAUAGACUGAGUUUUUAUUGCAUGAUCAUUGCUGGAUUUCCUCUGUAAAGCAAAUAUUAAAUAGCCUCAUUUAGUGGCUGUAAUGCUUUUACAUUUUUCAGGCAUGAGAUGAGGGUUGCCUUCCAUUCAGCUUUCUAGAGAAGAAGCUGUAAUUGAGUUUGGGGGUGAGAGUUGUCCUCUGUGUGCUUGGAAAUGCCCUUCCCCUGGUAACAUUCUCCUUAAAAAGGUAUUCAUAAAGCCUUAGGUUAUGUCAGGAGGUGUUCGACAUGGUGUCCUCAUGGUUAGGUCAUUCUUCAUUGAGACCAAGACCGAAGCAGCAUCACCAUUGAUUGAAGCAGCUGUUUGUGUGUAUGUGCAUGCGCAUGCAAGGGGGUCCCAUGAGGGCUGUGACUGAGGCUUUGUGCAGAACAUUCACCUCCUCCCUUUCCUCUUGGUCAGGAGAAGAACUGCAGCCAUGAAGUGACUGUGGUCCUGUUUUCUAGAACGUUCUAUGAUGCAAAAUCCUUGAGUGAGUAGCUACAAGAUAAAUGUUUCUCUUCCUCCUUGCUUGUAAGGGUACUGACAUCUUCCUGCCUCUGUUUCUCUCUGGAACUUCCCUCUGUGUCUCCCACGCCCUCCGAGCUUUGAGCUGUUGCCUCAGUCACUACUCUGCGUAGAGGAAAGGGAUGGUUGCCCUUGGUGGGUGUCUAGGGCAAGUGCUUUUGCAAGGAGUUGUAUUACCGUACUUUUCCGUGUAUAAGACGCCCCCAUGUAUAAGACACCCCCUAUUUUGAGGGACUCGCAUUUAAGAAAAUGUGGGGAUAUGGCUCAGAUUUGUUGAGCUUUUUUUAGGGGGGGUUGCCGAAAAUCCGCCUCUCGUUUGUCCCUUCGCUGGCAGAAGCUGCCAAUCGCCUGCCCAAUUGCCACAGCGUCAGCCAAUCAACACCAGCCCUUGACACAGCAACCAAUAACACACCCAAUAGCCACUGACAGCAACCAAUCAAAAGUCCACCCUAUUCACUAUCCAUGUAUAAGACUACCCCCACUUUUUAGCAUAAUUUUAAAAUGAAAAAAACUAGUCUUACACAUGGAAAAGUACAGUACUUUGAAUAUUGCUGAUCUGCAGAGAGGGGGGCUUGGGACAGAUGUGCUUCAGGGAUGGUCUUUACAUCUUGCUGCUGUCUCUUGUAGAUGAAUUUCCAGAGACACAGCGUGCCUCGAUUCAGCAAGAUCAUGAAGGAAGAUUCUAUGAAGAUUUUUACAAGUAGGUUUCCCAUUUGGUCCUUCCAUUGAGUAUCUGUGGUCCAUUUCCAGUCGUGUGUGUGUGUGUGUGUGUGUGAGAGAGAGAGAGAGAGAGAGAGAGAGAUGCACAAACACAUACAUAUCACCCCUCAUAAUUGAUCUCGUAACCUAUAUGCGGAAAACAUGGCAGUUGCUAAAGAACUGGAAGAAUUCCAUUCCUUUUCAACAAUUGUUUUUUCUAAGCUAAAACCUGAUGAGUUUACGUUUACGCAGGGAGUAACUGUUAUCUCUUACUCUACGGUAUCCCAGAAAUUUUGUAAGUGUCCUAAGAAAUCUGUAUUUUGCAACUAAAAUGUUCAAUUUGGAAACUGACAGUUGGCUACAAAAUAGACCACUUUUGUAGUAUUUUGGAGAGCGAGGAGGAUAUAGGUUGGGGUCCUUGAGGGACAGCAAAAGCUCCAUGACUGAAAGUUUUUGCUGAAAUGUUUCUUAAAUUUUAGUAGAAACUGCAGGUGCUUGGGUUUUUUUGCCUCAUAACCUUGAGGACUAGUAACUUGCUGCUAUCCUGGGGAAUUUCCCCUGUAUUGCAAGAUGCUGAAUUCAUGUUUGCAGAUGUCUUUAAUGUUUGGGUUAUAUGUUAGUACCUUGAGAAGCAGCAUUUGGAUAAGUCCUCGCCAGAAAGUCCAUUUUCCUAACUCGUAAGCUCCCACAGGGAGGAGAGGGCUAUCGAUGGUUAUUUGCCAUGAUGGCUGUGUUUCUGAGUACCAGUCACUGGAAUCCACAGGCAGGGAGAGGGCUGGAUUAGGUGGGCCAUUGACCUAAUCCAGCAGGCUCUCCUUGCUCCCUUCCCUUUCCAUCCUUAAGUCCUUACAUUAUCUGUAAGGAUUGUGCUGGUUCAGUUUCUCUCCUACUCAGUCCCAGCGCUUCCUUACAGGGUGGUGGUUCAGAACGAAAGACGAGAGGAGUGGACAUCGUUGCUUGUGACCAUUAAGAAACUCUUCAUCCAGUAUCCUAUCCUGGUGCGUUUGGAGCAGGCAGGUGGGGCAUUCUUACUAUUUUUACUAUAUUAUUCCUGAUGGUUAUUAUUAGAAUUUCAAAAAAGGUAGUAUUCUAGAUCUGGCAUUACAGUGGUGCCUCGCAAGACGAAAUUAAUCCGUUCCGUGAGUGUCUUCGUCUAGCGGUUUUUUCGCCUUGCGAAGCAACCCUAUUAGCGGCUUAACGGAUUAGUGCUAUUAGCGGUUUAGCAGCUAUUAAAGGCUUAUUGGCUUAGCGGAUUAGCUGCUAAAAGGCUAUUAGCGGCUUAGCGGCUUAGAUAAAGGGGGGGGAAAGCGAAAAAAAAAUCUCAAGACAUUUUCGUCUUGCGAAGCAAGCCCAUAGGGAAAUUCGUCCUGCGAAGCAACUCAAAAACGGAAAACCCUUUUGUCUAGCGGGUUUUCCGUCUUGCGAGGCAUUCGUCUUGCGGGGCACCACUGUACUCAGAGUAAUGAAAAUACUCUUGGAACUUGUCACAAGGCAGCCUUCCCCAAACUUUGGGCCCUCCAGAUAUUGUGAACUGCAAUUUCCAUCAGCCCCAGCCACCACAGAGAUGCUUUUAUCAGCCGUAGCAAAAUACGGCCAUGCUGUCUUGGGCUGAUGGGAGCUGUAGUCCAAAGGCCGCAAUAGACCCUGAGGGGGCCAGAUAGGUCUGCAGCAUGCACCAUUUUAUUUUUUUUUAUUCUUCUACUGUGCAUUGACAUGGUCAUUCAAUUUUGUGGUUUUUAAACUGUGUCUGUACUUGACUAGCUGCUCUAGGAAAAUGAAUGCUGAAAGGUAGGGUGGAAAGGGAGAGCUGGAAAGCUGCAAUGAUGCCCCUCCCCCCCCAACUUGAACUGCUUUGAUUUUCAUAUGUUUAUUUUUUUGAUUUAAAUAUUUAUAAAUUGCACUUGGGUGUAGUAUAUCACAAGGUGGCGUGCGACCUAAAAAACCCUGGUGAAAGCAGUUAUAAAAAUAUCAAAACACUCCAGCAAAAGCUGGGAUUAGACAAAUCCCUUCCGGUGCCGAAAGGAGCAUGGCUGUCUGAAUAUCAGCUGCUGGGAAGAGCGCUGCUGCUGCUGCUGUGCUUAUGGGCUUCCCAGAAGAGUCAUCUGGUCUUCCGCAGUGAGAACAGGAUGCUGGACUAUAUGGGUCCCCUUUGGCCUGUUCCAGCUCUCCUUAUGCUCCUCAUUCAUCAGGCAAAUAAAUAAUAAAAAUGGGCUUCAAAUAUUAUAGCUGAAAUAUGACCAUCUCUUUCUCCUUUUCUCCUUUCUCCUUUGUAAUUGACCCUCUAGAGGGCUUUCCUCCGGGGUGCAAUUCUACCUCUGCUCAAGGAAAUUAUUUGGAAGCCAUAAACCUCUCCUUCAAUGGUGAGUAGAGGGAAAAACAUCUUGUACCACACUAGCAUGAAGGAGCCGUCCGUACACAGGCAGUGACCUGGCUCCUCCUCACACAAAUGUCAUCUGUUGUUACAGGAUAGAUUGGAUUGGAAAGGCCAGUAACUAGCACAGUUCUGACUUAGGGGAUAAUUCAGUGGCAUUCAAAGUUUCUGUCAUCAGGGGGAUUUCUACCUUGUUGAUUUAUCUGCCAAGGAACCCCUGAGCAUUUGGAAUGGAAUUCCUUUCAUGCUACUGAGGACUCUUGUUUUAUUUCUAGUGCACAUGCUCUGUGACUGUGGGACGCUAGCCUAGCCUGGUGGGUUGUGAACUGAGAGUGACCAAUAGGAGGCACCCAAUACUUACCUGAAUCUAUACCAGCCUUCCCCAAUCUUGUGCCCUCUGGGCUACAGCUUUCAUCAGCCCCAGCUAGCGUUGCAACUUUGCCUGUGUCUCACAAACAGCCCCCAAUCCUCUUCUGUACAUAAACACACACACACACACACACACACACACACACACACACACUUUUUUGGGUUGGUGGUGAAUGACCUUGGAAAUGCAGGAGGGGAUUUUUUGACCCACCUCUAGUAUAACUGUUGAGGGUCUUCAUUAGUGAAAGCAGCAGAUUCUUGACUCCAACGGAUUGAAUAUCCAGUUCAGGACUUUUUAACUGUCUCAAACAAGUUUCUGUAAGCUGGUGAACUGCACGUUGUUGUUGUUGACCUGCCUUCACCCUAAGGCCUCAAUUAAAACUUAAUAUUAAAAAAAAGAACCAGUUUAAAGCACCUUACAAAGUUUACAUCUGAACUUCUAGGAAGCUGUUGUCGAUGAGAGCAAAUUGUCCCUCGAUAAGCAUAUUAUGUGUAAAAGAUUGAAUGUCCUUUUGCUUCUGACUUUUCCUGCUUUUAGUGUUCGACAAGCAUUACAUCAAUCGAAACUUUGACCGGACCGGGCAGAUGUCCGUAGUCAUCACGCCUGGCGUGGGAGUCUUCGAAGUGGACCGGCUCCUCAUGAUCUUGACCAAGCAGCGCAUGAUAGAUAAUGGUAAAGUGGUCUUAGCGGCAGGCGGUGGGAAAGGCUGUGUAAUUCAGUGGCAAGAGUAGCCUCUUUGCAAGCAAAAACUCCCCUGGCGGCAUUUUCCAGGGAGGACCUGGGAAGAAGAAAGACUCCUUGCCUGUAACCCUGGAGAGUGGCUCCCUGCUGAUGUCCACCAGAUGUGGGGCAUCUGUGGGGGCCCUUCUCCAGAUGUUGUUGGGCUCCAGUUCCCAUCAGGCCCUGUAGCCAAGCAUGGCCAGUGAUAAGGGAUGGUGAUGAGAGCCGCAGUGCAGCAACAUCUGGUUCGCCAUUCCUGGGGACGCUGAGCUGGAUGGGCAAGCAGCCUGACUGCUGCAUAAGGCAUCUUCCUUUUGUGUUCUUUCUCACUUUAGAGCAUCUCCAAAAUGUAGAGAUGACCUCUUUUUUUAGGCGUAGUGUUGAGAGUUGGGCUGUUUGGAAAACCAGAUGGCGAAAUCCUUUUGUUUAAGAAGCAUCUUAAGUGAUGGGUGACCAAGCGGGAAAGCUUUUCAUUGCUGGUCUGAGUGGCAAGGGGAGGGGCCAAAUCCAAGCCCUCCCCUCUCUGCUGUGGACCUUCCUUGUCCAGCACCAGGACAGCACGUGGCUAUUAACAAACUCAUCUUCCUCUCCCUGCUUUGCUUGCUUCUGUAGGGAUUGGGGUGGACUUGGUGUGCAUGGGAGAGCAGCCCCUCCACGCUGUGCCCCUCUUCAAGGUAAGGCCCAUGGGGUCGUAUGCCCGUUUUCUUUCUUCCUCCUCCGUCUCUGCCGCACCUGCCUGCUAGCUGUUUCCCUCCUCCAGCUGAUUCUUGUGCCAGAAUAAAUCCAACCAAUUAAAUAGAAAGCCAUAAUUCUGUUUCCACACUACCGGCUCUUCAAUUAAAGCACAUCCUGUAGUAAGGGUACAUAGGGAAAUAAAAGAGAUUGGAGGUGGGGGUGGCAGGAAGGAAAAGGUAUGGGAAAGGAACAAAGUGCUGAACACCUGCACCUGCCUAAUUACCAAAAGCCAGGCUUGUUUCCAGGAUGCCUGUUAGCCUCUAUCUUUCUCCAAACUAUUGAGGGUUAGGAACUUUCCCCUCCUAAAUCAGACUCCCUCAACAUGGCGCCAUUCAGAUGUUUGGGGCUAUAAUUCUCAUCUGCCCCAGCUAGUUUGGCUGUAUGAUUCCCAGGACUGGUGGGUAGUGCAAAGCAUCUGGGGGGCACCAGGUUGAGGGAGGCUGUUUUAAAUGUAGGCUAAAAAAAUCUGGACCACCGGCUUCUGGGUUGAAUCCAAUGAUUUCUGCUCCCAUAACGUAACUUCUCCCUCCUGUACCCUCCCAGAUCUGCUCCGGGGGAGGAUAAGGGAACCCUCAGGGCAUAUAUGGGGGGGGUGCAAGGGGUAUGCUGUGGGGAGGAGAGAAUGUUCUGCUGGAUUCAUGACUUCUUUGGCUGCAACCCUCUGUAUCCAGUGCCAGAUUCCUUUCUUGCAACCGUCCGUUCCUGUGGAUUCCCAGAAUGCAGUACAAACUAGCUGCAAAAAGCAUCCAGUUAACAUGGUGCCUUUUCCAAACUCUUAUUCUCUUAGCUGCACAAUCGCUGCAGUCCUGGGGACUCUCGCUUGGGAGAUGACUACAAUAUACCACACUGGAUAAACCACAGGUGCGUGUUUGAAGUUGGAACUGUUGCAGCCAAGGCUCCACCUUGGGCAAUUCUCACAUGGGCCUGUCUUCCCUCUCUGCUUUUGGUACUUGGGACUUCUCUCUGCUCUCUCUCCCCUCUCAAACAUCAGCACUGGGCAGUCUUGUCCUCAGCCUCCACUGCUCUGGUGUUGCUUCGAAUCCCUGUAUUCCUGCAUUGCUUUUCUCCUUAAAACAUGGAAGGGGGGUAGUUUUGUUCCCCCCUAAUCUCAGCUUGUCAUUACAUGUGAAUCGGAGAUUGUAGGUUACAACAAACUGUGGCUAGUUUAACAAGCCAGAUCCAGAAACCAUGGUCUGAAGUUGAACUGUUUUGAACAUGGUCAGUUUGUUGUAACCUGCAGCCUUUGGUUUAUUAAGAUCAGGUUGGAGAUGAAAUGCUACCACCGAGUCAGAAAGGAGAUGGAGUGAAUGUGCAAACCUGAGUCUCCCUUGGGCUUGAUCCAGUUUGUGUGUGUAGUCGCUAAACCAUGGUUUAGUGUUACAUGCAAACAGAGUCAUUGUCUUUCUUCUUCCCUUUUCCAGUUUCUACACCUCCAAAAGCCAGCUCCAGUGUAACAGCUUCACUCCACGGAUCAAACUGGCUGCCAGGAAAGUAAGUGGGCUCUGUUAAGAUGGGACUGCCAACCUUUUUUGGGGUGGGGGCAGUGGGCACAUUAGGAAGUUGCAGUAGUUACUAAACAGCUGUGUAAAAAAAGGAUGAGCUAGGACAAGCAGGAAGAGCAAACCAUCUGUCAUGCCUUGUUGAUUUUUGAGGGGAUAUUUCCUGAGACCUUUUGUGGGCGCCAUAGGAAGUACCGGUGGGCUCACUGACACCUGUGAGUCCUACUUUGGCAGUUCCUGAUAGAAGAGCAUUUUCCUUGACUCACUUCCUCUCCCCGCACCCUUUAGCCAAGUCAUGUUGUCAUAGUGGGCAGCUUUCCGAGUUCCGCAUUGGUAUGGGGUGGGGGGAACCUCAGCCAUCAGGGGUGAUCUUUAUUCAUUUACUUUGGCUGAUGCAUGAAAUGUAGCAGAUGCUUCUCUGUAAAAAUGCAGUCGCCACAGGCAAUUUCAACCUUGCACAAUUGAAAGCUGGCUGGUUGAAGUUGCGUGAAAUAAUUGCAUGCACGGUGGAGACCUUAAAAACUCCAUUUGCACCAGGUUUUCCCAGCACAGAAAUUACUUUUAAGCUCUGCACCGAGCUUACUGGGCUCUAGGAGUCUUUUUCUCGACCUUGCUUGAAAUGUAAGGAAAGUCGCAUGGGGGUGGUUCAUAUGGAACAUGUCCCCCCAAAUGCAUUUGUACUGAAGGCUUUUAAAACAGUAAGAGUUCACGAAGCUCUUCAGUGUGAGAUAUUUGAGUGUGCAUUGGGUGACUGCAUGACUUGUCAGAAUAUUCCUGGUCUGAAUCUUAUUGCUUGUAAUGCAGUGACUGUUCCAUGGCCAAAACUAACUUAAGUUUCCAAUGCUUUCUUUCCUUUGCCAUUUUUCGUGCCGCUUGGAUUCCAGCCGCAGAGUGAAAAACUGAAAAGCAGCAGGGAUGCCUGUGAGUAGUCAUCCCAGGUUGUUAUUGUGAAAGGGUCCUACCUCCAUUGAUCGUUGACAGAUUGGGUUUAUAUCCUCCAAGGUGGCAGACACGUUUCUCCUCCUUCCCAUUUUAACCUCACAACAAUCCUGCAAGACAGAUUCAGCUGAGAGGCAGUGAACCGGCCCAAGGUCACCCAGUGAGCUUUGUGACUGAGUGGGGAUUUGAACCCUGAUCUCCCAGGUCCCAGUCUGACACCCUAACCACUACUCCACACUGGCUGUUAGAGGCAGUCAAUGCCUCUGAGCACCCAUUGCUGGGAAUCCCAGGUGGGGAGAUAGCUGCUGUUGCUUUCAGGCCCUGCUUCCAAAGAGGCAUCUGAUUGGCCACUAGGAGAACAGGAAAUUGGACCACAUAGGUCACCUUUCGUCUGUCCCAACAGGGGAAAUUCUUUUUUUUAUUAAAGAUUUUCUUGAUUUACAAAAGUGUGUGCAAUGUCUCUCUCUCUCACCACAGAGCCUAGGACUUGCCGAUCAGAAGGUCGGCGGUUCGAAUCCCUGCAACGGGGUGAGCUCCCGUUGCUCGGUCCCUGCUCCUGCCAACCUAGCAGUUCGAAAGCACCUCAAAGUGCAAGUAGAUAAAUAGGUACCACUCUGGUGGGAAGGUAAACGGCGUUUCCGUGCGCUGCUCUGGUUAGUCAUGCUGGCCACGUAACCCGGAAGCUGUACGCCGGCUCCCUCGGCCAAUAAAGCGAGAUGAGCGCCACAACCCCAGAGUCGGCCACGACUGGACCUAAUGGUCAGGGGUCCCUUUACCUUUAACAUUUUUACAAAUCAGUUUCAUUUGUUGAGACAUUAGGAAGAAAAGGGGAAAGGGGGGGAAGAUGGGUGGGGGUGGGUUCGGGUGGCGAUGUUUCUAUUUUACUUACUAUUCGUAGGGUUUGGUGUCAGCGUUGCUCGUGCAGGUUCUUUGCUGUUCACUUGUGUUCCUUUGGUGGUGAGAGAGGUUGGGGUUGGCCUAGGGUGUGGUUGUUCAUUUGUGGUUGGCUGUGGUGGUCUUUGUUUUCAUGUGUGAGUGGGGUGGGUGGGUGUUUUAGAUCAGGUUAGCCAUAUUGAUUUGCAUACUGUUGGUGGAUUUUUGUCAUUGUCUUGUUGGGCUGUGUAUGUGAUAAAGGGGAGCUGUACCGGCGUGAAGGUGUCUUCUUCUAUUUGUCAGCAGGGGAAAUUCUCACGCUGAUAUUAUGCCGUUUUGCCCAAGAACGGAGACCAGGUUCUUAAAAGCUGCCCCAGUCAAUAACGUGCUGUUACUGCCUUCCAGCUUUGGGAGCCCCGAAAGAGACAGAGAACGCUCUCCCCAUCCAAGUGGAUUACGAUGGUUACGACGCCCAGGUUUUCCGUCUGCCGGGGCCAUCCAGAGCUCAGCGUUGUCCCAUCUUCAGGUAAAGAAGCUUGCGAGGCAACGAGCCAAAUUGGAUGGUGUGCUUGUGAGCCAUUACCAAACGAAUCUGGAGCAGCCUUUGCAAAGGAGGGAGCGUAGAUGAACACACACACACCCUUCCCCAUCAGCUUCACACUUCUGCUGGACCUCCAGCCUGCAUCUGCUGUUUUAACCAUGAGCUCCAUCAAAGCACACCUGGAAUUCCCCAUUUCUUCUUCCUUUUUUUUUAAAAAACCUUCAUAAUCAGCUUACUGUGAUUGGUUAAAUCAGGGGUGGGGAACCUUUUUUACUCUGAGGGCCACAUUCCCUUCCGGGCAGCUUGCUGAGGGCCAUGUGCAGAGAAGCAAAUGCUACAUUUGUCGAUGUAGGCUUAUUUCUGAACACUUAACACCAUCAAAGUUUUCAGGAGCACAUCUCAGUCGGGCAAAAAUGCUUAGGAUGCAAAUCAGGGCCCGCGUGGCCUGGGGAGCAUUCCAAGGGCCAGGUAGAGAUUCUGUGUGGGCCACAUUUGGGCCCCAGGCCUGAGGUUCCCCACCCAAGUUAAGUGACAAAAGGUCUUUGUGACAUGACUGGAGCUGGGCCUCUGCCCUCCCUUCCACCUGGUGCUUUUUGCCAGCAGGUCUGUCCGGGAACGAGAGAGCCGCCCCCGGAAAAGCUCCAGCUCCUACGACGUCUCCUGCAGUCCUUCCCUGCAGAGCCGGCCUUUGCCCCCGGAAGAGGUGAGGAGCCAGGCGUCGGACGACAGCUCCCUGGGCAAGAUCUCCAACAUCCUGAUGAUCCCCCGCCAGCACCUCCACCUCCAGUACGAAGUCAGCAGCUCCUUGGGCUACACCAGCACCCGAGGUCAGGAUGAGGCCUGAUGUGAAGCAGGAGCAUUUCAUUCCUUUUGAACGUAUCGUCAUUUCAUUUCUUCCUGUGGAUUAUUUCAUUAGACGUUGCCUGCGUGUGUCACCUCCCAAAACAUACAGGUUUCAGAAAAAAGAACAUAUUUUUUAAGGGGGAAGGCGGCAUUUGAAAUAAAAAAUUAUACAGGCAAUUCUCAUUUUGCACGGGGGUUACAUUCUGGAUGUAACCCCCGUGUCGGCAGAGCAAGCGUAAGCCCACUCUGUCCCUUUUCGUGUCCUUAUGAGGUUUUUGUGCUACUUCUGGGUUCAACGCUGUGCACAUGUGCACAAUUGUGCAUCAUUCAGACAUGCCUAAACCAGUCGUUGCCUGUAAUUGUUUUGGUUCAGACCAUGGAACCAUUUACAAUGAUCGACAACACAUCCUUUCCCUCUUAGAAUGCUUUAUUAUUAAAUCAGUAAAUUUCAUAGUUGCAUCCUGUAUUUCUUUAUUGGCGAUUAUUACAACUUAUCCUUUGUGGGUUAAACCACAGAGCCUAGGACCUGCCAAUCAGAAGGUUGGCGGUUCGAAUCCCCGCGACGGGGUGAGCUCCCAUUGCUCAGUCCCUGCUCCUGCCAACCUAGCAGUUCAAAAGCAUGUCAAAGUGCAAGUAGAUAAAUAGCUACUGCUCCGGUGGGAAGGUAAACGGCCAAUAAAGCGAGAUGAGUGUCGCAACCCCAGAGUCGGUCACGACUGGACCUAAUGGUCAGGGGUCCCUUUACCUUUACCUAUCCUUUAUAUAUAUAAAACCUUCAUCCCCUUGGCUCAUGGCACCCCUCCUAUCUCACCUGCUCCGUCUUAAGUGCCCUUGUCCUCCUUCUCCAAAUAACAGCACGUGGAGUGGGCGGCCUACUUCUCUGGCCCACUUAUCAAAUCAUUUAAGGAGGUCAGCAUAGUUGGGGAGCCCCUUGGGACCCUCCCCCCCCCUUACAGCCUCAAAUUGUGGAAAAAUUAGCGGCUGUUUUCCCAAGUAGAUUUAUUGUCUUAUCAUAGCAGCUUCUUUUUUAGGAUCUCCCUUUUAAAACAUCCCUGUGAGGUCCAGCAUUCUCAGGGGUUAGGUAGAGAGCUGGACUUGUCUAGAGGGACUUUAAGUUUCAGGGGACCUUGAGCAGGUGGUUCUUUCUCAGCUUCAGGUACCUAAAGCCUCACCGUGGCAUUUUGAAGGCAAAAAUAUAUAGCGAGAAGAAGCUAAAGAUCUUGUUUCUUGCCGCUGCUUUUAGUUUAAUUGUUGGUUAUUGUAAUCUUGCAUUUAUUUUAAUCUUUUGCAAGCUGAUUUGGGUGGUUCCCUUUCGGAGGAGGUAAAUAGAGUGCACAUUUGUGCAUGCAUACACAUCGUCGUCUAAUAACUGGCCUGAAAUCAGAGAUCUUUGAUUGAAAAAGUCAUCUGUGGACAGCCAAAGAACUGCCUGUGUUAAGACUGGUGCUUUCACUAAAAUAAUUCCGAUUAAGUUAAUUCACUGAAUUGGUUCAAAAGUAUCCGAAUUGCCCCUGCGAGUAGUUCCUAUGUUUUCCAGGUAAAGUGAACAUGAAAUAAGUUCCCUUUGCAGUGGACCUUUCUGUGAUUUUAAAUUCAAUUUAGUUUUGUAGCCAUUGCAUUUACCAUUUUUACCAGUUUGAAGAGUUAUGCUGCUGUGUAAGCUUAAAGGUUGCAAGGAAAAAUAAAUACGACAAUCAUUCAUGUUUAAUAAUAAUAGGGAAAAAAGAUGCUAAAGAGCACUAAGUAAUUAAACAGCACCCUCUGGACUUAAUGAUUUUUCUUAUUUCAUAAAAUUGAUUUUUUAAAAAAACAACUUGGUUUGUUAAAAACAAACCGAUCUCAAAGCGGUUUAAGAUCAUUAGUAAAAACAAUUUAAAUGCUCAGAAAGUUAAAACCAGCAAUAAACUGAAAGCACACCAGCCAUUCUAGACAUCUGGGUAGGCUCAAUAGGCAGGGAGUUCCAAAGUGCAGGUGCCGCCAUACUAAAACACAGAUGAACUUGGGUAUGUUGCCUCCAAGAUGGAUCCUCCUCUCCCCCCACUUUUGCCUGGGCUGGCAGAGCAAAUAUGUUUACAUGCCUGAGUCAGAAACGCCACCCACCAUUCCUGCCCCUCAAUGGGGCACAAUCUCCUCUGAAGCUGUUCAGAGUAAGCCUUGUUGGGGUUAGUGGGCGCUGUGCAAAAGCACCCUGUUUGUGCCCAGUGGAUUCAGUCUGUCCGUUUCCCAUUACAGGCCAACCCACCAAAAAAAAUCUGUGUCAUUUCAGAUGCCCUUGAGAAUAUGAUGGAGUCCCAGCAGCGAGACUCCAGUGCCCCAGGGAGAUUUCACGUUGGGAGUGCCGAGUCCAUGCUGCACAUCCGUUCUGCUGGGGGCUAUGCGCCGCAGAGGGCCCUCAUCAACCCCUUUGCCCCCUCCAGGAUGCCCAUGAAACUCACAUCGAACCGGAGGCGCUGGAUGCACACCUUCCCUGUGGGUAAGGAGACGGAAGGCUACUAGCCACUUAUUGUGGCAGAAUGAUUAUUUGGGACUGCAGCUUCCGCCGACUCUAGCCAGCAUAGCCAUGUUAGCUGAGGCUGAUGGAAGUUUCAGCUCAGAACAUCUGGAAGUUACUAGGCUUGGGGAUGCUGGGCUGGAUCAGGGUUUCCCAAACUUGGGUCUCGAGCUGUUUUUGAACUACAACUCCCAUCAUCCUUAGCUAGUGGUCAGGAAUGAUGGGAAUUUUACAGCGGUAGCUCGGGUUACAGAUGCUUCAGGUUACAGACUCUGCUAACCCAGAAAUAGUACCUCGGGUUAAGAACUUUGCUUCAGGAUGAGAACAGAAAUCGUGUGGCGGCAGCGGGAGGCCCCAUUAGCUAAAGUGGUGCUUGAGGUUAAGAACAGUUUCAGGUUAAGAACGGGCCUCCAGAAUGAAUUAAGUUCUUAACCCGAGGUACCACUGUAGUCCCAAAACAGCUGGAGACUGAGACCGUGGGUUAGAUGAACUCUUUGCCUGGUCCAGCAAGGUGCUUCUCAUGUUUGGUUCAGGCUAUUCAUGUGAAAGAUUGCACCCCUUUGGCAAACUGCACAUUUUUAUUUUUAUUGUUUUAAAUAAUAUUUAUUACUUUUCCAACAAUUUAAACACUACAAAAAAAAGAACAAUACAAUACAAUACAGAAACACUGCAUAACACUAACACACUAAACUAACAAAACAAAACAAAAACAGGCAAACUGCACAUUUUUAGACUGUGGCAGGAACAGCUCAGGGGACGCAAUGCAAACUCGGCCACCUCUGUGUUCGAUUUGGUGGGAAAUUGCUGCUUCAGAUGCAAUCAUGUGGGGUGGAGAGUCAUUGUGGAGUGUGGGAGGAGCUGGUUGGCAAAUCAAGUGAUAACUGCAUCAUGUGCUUGGGCAGGUCCUUCUGGAGAAGCCAUCCAGAUCCACCACCAGACGCGUCAGAACAUGGCCGAGAUGCAGGGCAGUGGGCAGAGGGACUGGACCCACUCCUCUGCAGAACUGCUGGAGCUGGCCUAUCACGAGGCAGCUGGGAGGUGAGGCUGCCCAAAGGGAACGCAUAGGGGCGCUUUCCCCUAAACUUACAACCAAAAGUGGGUCUCGUUGAUGGAGCUCUCAGGCGUUGGGUUCAUAGGAAGUCUGAUUCCACCUCAAAUUACUCUUUUUUUUGGGGGGGGGAAUAUAUGGUUUUUUAAAUUUGAUUUUAAAAAGUAUAAACAUACAACAAAAAACAGUUCCGAAUCCAAAUAUCGAGAUUGCUCUGAAUCUCCUGACUUCCCCCCAUCCCUUCCAUGGGUCCUAACAAUAUGUUUUUUACAACUGCAUAUCAAUACGUAUCCAAAUUUUUAAUCCUUCUAAAUUUUCCAUACUUUCCAUAACUUUACAAGUGUGGUUAAAAUCCUGCUAAUGUUUUAACCUGUUUACAAUGGUCUUGUAAAUAAAUUAUAAACUUUUCCCAUUCCUUGUUAAAGUUCUUGUCUUCUUGAUUACUGAGUUUCCCAGUUAAUUUUGCCAUUUCGGAAUAAUCCAUCAACUUGGUUUGCCAUUCUUCUCUUGUUGCUACCUCAAAUUACUCUUCUCUUGGCCUUUGCCUACAAAUGUUUGGGCUGCAGCUCAUUCUGCAUUUGUAAGAACUCGAUCUUUCAGCAUGGCAGCACAUACACUUUGGAACUCCCUGCCUAUUGAUAUCAGGUGGGUGGAGCCUUCACUGUACCUUUUUCAAACACCUGCUUAAAACUUUUUUUAAAAAACCUUAAAAGCCUCUCCAGACACAUAGAUGUUGACAUGCUUUAAUCUUCUUUUUUUCUUUUACUGUUAAUUAUCUUUAAAUGCUUUCCUUUCCUUCUCUCCAGGCAUGGAGUUUCUCACCAUCCAGAUGAUGGCACUUCCUUCAUGAGCUUCAGUGGCAUGGAAGAUUACUCUAACCAGCUCACUGGCAGCCAUGCCACAGGUGAUAACGGUUGGCACGAGGCAGGUGGCGGCCGGGCUUCGGUGAUGAUGCAGGCCUGUUCCAAAACUGACCCAUAACAUACACCUGUCUGGGCAUUCGUCAUGGAAGAGCAAAUUGCAGGGACCGUGAGCAUUAUGUCCCUGCAGUUAGUGCCCAUGUGGUUAAACUGUGGAACCCACUCCCACAAGAACCAGUGAUGGCCACCAACUUAAAUUGCUUUAAAAGAGCAUUAGACAAAUCCAUAGAGGAGAGGGCUAUUAAUGGCUACUAGCCAUGACGGCCAAAGGCAGCAUUGCUUCUGAAUCCCAGUUGCUGGAAGCCUCAGGAGGGGAGAGGGCUCUUGGGCUCGAAUCCUGCUUGCUGGCUUCUUCCCAUCUGUUUGGAUCUGUUUGGCCACUGUGAGAACACAAGGCUGGACUAGAAAUGUUCUGUGGCUCACAAAAGCCCUCUCUGCACCUCCUGUCAUGGCGAAGGUCUCAUUUGUCAGUGAAUUUCUACUCAAUAUUGAUCCAGAGUAGAUUCCACCGUAUAGUUAGCAAAGUAAAAACUUAAAACACGUUGCAGGAUUCCCAAGAAAAUAGACCAGAGGCAAUUAAUAUUUCAUCCAGCAGAGCUUUACUGCUACUGAAGGCAAAUGAGCAUAACGGUCACAAACCCAGUACAUUCAGGAUUUGCACAGUCCAUAAGAAAUCCAGUUGCAGCAGACUUAACUUAAACUUAACAAUAACUAAUAAUAAGACUAAAACCUUAACACUAAGCAUACUACAUACAGAACACCACACCAGAAGGAAAGAGAGAUAGAAAAGACUGAGACCCAGGCCGUACUAUUAUAGUCAGCAUGACCUUGACAGAAAGAUAACAGAACCAGUUUAAACCAGCUGUGCUCUGCUUCUCUGGAGGAAUAACCCAAACAUCAUGAACCUUCUGCUUGUUUUUUUCACACAGACGCUCCCAGAAGCUUCCAGAACCCUCUUGAAUUUAUUAGAAUAGGAAAGAUCAAUACUCUCUGUACGAAGAAAUGCAAGCUGAUAUCUUUCCCCUUCUUUCAGGAAUGAAUGCCCGAAGCCAGAACAAGGACUCCCUGGAGAGCGCCGUCUCUAACUCUCCAGAUCCGAGUAAGAGCAGUGAUGACAGGGUUAGGGAGGAGGAGGUUGGUCUGUGUAGAUGAGGGCAAAAGUGAGAGAAGCACUUCCAGAGUCCCAAGGGCUCCCGAUCGCCUCCAGUUCCUUUUGCUCCCUCUCUCCAAAGUGGUAAGUUUUGGGAUAGGGCUUUCCUUCCAUCUGGGAUUUUCCCAUACAGAAGCUGUGGGGACACAGUCCCACAGAGGAAGGCUUCUGGUUGCUCAGUGACCGGAUCUUCAGCUGUCUGGAACAUCCCAGAAUAUUUGUCUGAGAGCGAGCAAUACUAACCACAGCGUUAAAAUAAAUCUGCCUGGGUAAGGGAACUGGUGCAAAGGGUUGUUUGACUGUCUCCUCAUUUACUAUCUGUGAACCACGAGCAGGGCAAAUGUAUUGUUAGACUAAUGAAUGUUGACCUGUGAGAAGUUGGGGGAGGCAGCAUCCCCCUCCUGGGACCUUAUCUUCCCCCCCUGGCACCCCGUCUGGGUUGCAGGGUUCACCAUGUCUUAAUUCUAAGAACAGGGUGACAUACUUAACUGGGUUUUGUGUUCCCACAUACAGGAAAGCUUUCUCCUUGACACAAUUGAGUGCCUUGAUAUUGAAUCUUUUAGAAGGCAGACGUAAUAAAGUUGCUGGACAGUCCUUGUAAUAAUGAAGAGGCAGUUUUACAUCUCCUUUUCAAAUGCAGUUUUUAUUGAGGAGGUUUGGAGGUGGAUGGAGAAAACUGCUGUACCCUCUUGCACAGACUUUGCCAGGUUGCCCGUUCAGAGUCCUUUUUGGGUCUGUUUUAUCGAAGGGCUGCAAUUCUUCAAUCACAGAGUCAAUUGCAAAAUUCUUAAAUGGAAGGAUUUUGCUUAGGCGGCCUAUGAUUGUUUUUUGCGUUUCCCCCUCAGAGAGCUGUGAGGCUCUUGCAAAUUGCAGCCGUUCUGGGUGGAGACCAGAGCACAGUCUGUGCCCUGGGAUGGAAAGAGGGAAGCUAGAUUGCUCAUGCUCUGGAACUUGAGUACAAUUCCUACUCCACAGCGAAAAACUUUGGUCCUAGGGCUUGAUCUGCCUGCCAUUUAAAAGUUGGUCUCCGUGUAAAUUUGCCUUCUGUUUGGAUUUAUUGUGCCCAUCUUCUGUGAUCAAUAAUAUCUGCCAAGCCCAGAGUGUCUUGCGAGGCUCACUCCGAUGCAUGAAUUUGCCCUUGAUGGCUUAGCCUUGGGACAUGGGUAGGACUUGAGGGAAGUGUUUCUCUGAGCAUGUGUAGAGUGCUUUUCCCUCAUGGAUGUGGGAACCAGCCCAAGUAGCUGCUCUGACAACCCUUGUUAGCAGGAGAUGAGCCCCAGGAACCCUCUCCCGGGUGCAGAUGCCAUUCUCCCCUUAGAUUGGCUUCUGUCAGUCAUUCUGUUGAGCCAGACUUACACAUCUCGAGUGUGGGAGAGAGCACUAUGGGGAAAUGAGUCCCCCAUCUUCGUCUCCUCCUUCUGCACCUGUCAGCUGGCUCAGAAGGUGCAAAGAAUGUCCUGCCCUGGCCACUAGGCUGGGGAUGCAGAGGGGCUUUUGGCCAAGAGGAGUCUCGAUGCAGCCCAUGCCCAGAGUGUGGAGCAACUGGCGGCUUUGAUCCUGUGAGCUCUGCUUCCUUGGAAGCUGCUCCCCUUUAGGGGGAAAUGGGGGGGCACUGCGCCACCAGCCAUAUCCUCCCAUGUCUGCCUGCCUUCUUACUGGGUGGCUCUGCCUGCCUUUGGUCUGGGUGCCUCCUUCCGCCGGCCUCCCUGCCAGUUCCACCCACCGCCCCAUUCCAGGCAAGGGUCACCCCAGCAAGAUCCCCCUUUUCACUAUUCCCCCAGAUCCCUUCUUACCUCCCUGUGCUGCUCAUACUUUCCUUUUAAAUUUUUUUCCAUGCUUCCUUUUCCUGCUGCUGCUACUGCUGCUGCUCUAAUGAGUGUGCAACUUCUGCUGGGUGCCGGCCGCUCUGCUGCCCUCCCUUAGCCCUCCUCUCUUUCUCUGGCACUUUGACACAGGAGGGGAAGGGUCUUCACCCUCUCCUGUUCUGGGCUUGGAAUACGGGUGUUGUCCUGCACUUCUUCAUUCAUUCGCCUCGGGGUGCUUUUAAUAGCUGUUGUUGUUUUUUAAUUCCUGCAGCUGCUGUAUUGGUUCGAGUUUACAAAUCGAAAGGCGAAUUGAACUGUUAAUUAACUUUAUUUUUAUUCCCAAUUGCAUGAUGGGAGUGAAUCGGCAUGGCCACUGUGUUGUUUAACAAACUCUGUCUUUCUUUCCCUACCUUCCUCCCCUCUUCCUCGACCCCUCCUCUUACCUCAUUUUCCCAUCCUGAACAAUUUUCAUUCUCCUGCCCCAUGCAAAUCUAUCUUUUUCUUUCUUUCUUUCUUUCUUUCUUUCUUUCUUUCUUUCUUUCUUUCUUUCUUUCUUCCUUCCUUCCUUCCUUCCUUCCUUCCUUCCUUCCUUCCUUCCUUCCUUCCCUUUUCUCUUUUCCCUUUUCCCUUUUCCCUUUUCCCAUUUCCCAUUUCCCAUUUCCCAUUUUUUGCUUCUGUGGCACUUUAUUCUCCUCCUCCUCCUCCUCUCUCUUUUUCUCUCUCUCUCCUUCCUCCCUCGCACUGAUGCCCAACCCACCCCCAUUGCCUUCCGCCCGGUGACGAAACGAGGCAGUUCUGACGCUGUCUGCUCCCCCCGUAGUGCCAGGCUUCUGUUGUACAGUCGGGGUGGACUGGAAGUCUCUUACCACGCCCGCCUGCCUCCCCCUCACCACGGAUUAUUUCCCGGACCGCCAGAGCCUUCAGAACGACUACACCGAAGGGUGCUAUGACCUGCUGCCCGAAGCAGAUCUGGACAGGUACACUUACCCUGCGGCUGAAAUCGGAGAGCUGUCCCUGUCCCAUUGGGUGCUUUGGGAUGCUGAACUGGCUGGGCUAGGCUGGGCCUGGUCACCAGUGGCUGGAGAAAUAGCAAGCAAUUUGGAGGGCAGGGGGGGGUCGCAGCCAGGCCAGCUUCUUCCAGGUAGUGCCCCUGGUGGUGAACAUGAGAAGAGCCCUAGUGAAUCAGGCCCAUGGCCCAUCUAGUCCAGCCUCCUGCCCUCACAGUGGCCAACCAGAUGCCUUCUUCUGGGAAACCCCACAAGCAAGACUUGAACAACAAGAGCCCUCUCCCCUCCUGGGGAGACAGAGCAUAGCUGUCAUGACUAGGAACUGCCAGUAGUCCUCUCCCCAACAAAUUUGCCCAAUCCUCUCCCCCCCCCAAUUUUUUUAUUCAUUUUAUAACACAAAUAAACAAUACAAAUGUGAAGAUUUUUGUGGUAAAAGUAAGUGUGAUAAAGGGAUGCGGGUGGUGCUGUGGAUUAAACCACAGAGCCUAGGACUUGCCGAUCAGAAGGUCGGCGGUUCGAAUCUCCGCAAUGGGGUGAGCUCCCGUUGCUCGGUCCCUGCUCCUGCCCACCUAGCAGUUCGAAAGCACGUCAAAGUGCAAGUAGAUAAAGAGGUACCGCUCCAGCAGGAAGGUAAACGGCGUUUCCAUGCGCUGCUCUGGUUCGCCAGAAGCGGCUUAGUCAUGCUGGCCACGUGACCCGGAAGCUGUACGCCAGCUCCCUCGGCCAUUAAAGCGAGAUGAGCACCGCAACCCCAGAGUCAGUCACUACUGGACCUAAUGGUCAGGGGUCCCUUUACCCUUUAAGUGUGAUAAAAAAAUGGUUUAAAAUUAUGAUAUAUGAAACUGCUAAAGAUGAGGUAAAAAGAAAAUCAGACGGGGGGACUUGGGGAAGCUCACCUAACAAUGUUUAGAAAAAAUAAGGAUAAGACAAGAAUUUGUUUGUAUGCCCAAUCCUCUUUUAAAGCCAUCCAAACUGGCGGCCAUCACUGCCUCCUGUGGCAGCAUGUUCCGCAGUCCAGCUAUGCACUGUGUAAAGGAAGACUUCCUGAAUCUUCCAGCCUCCCCCUUCAUGGAGAAAGCCGUCUGGUUGGCUGCUGUGGGAAGAGGGUGGUGCCUGAUUGGCUGCCUGAGGUAGGGACAACUAACUCACUGCCCGCCUUUUCCCUUCUCAGGAGGGACGAGGAAGGUGUGCAGAUGACGGCCCAGCAAGUGUUUGAGGAGUUCAUAUGCCAGAGGCUUAUGCAGGGCUACCAGCUCAUCGUGCAAAGCAAGCCUCAGAAGCCGCCUGCAGCCGUCCAGCCGCCUCUCAGCAGCAGCCCCUUGUACAGCAGAGGUGAGGGCCUGCCCAAGACCUCCAUUUUAAGGAGGGAGAUUAAUGAGUUCAGAUUAGCCCUUUGCUGACUUGGAAAUGCAGUUGAGCAAUGGUGGGAGACAAGCCCUCUUCCCAGGCUAUGCCUGUACAACACCCCUCACCAGCCUUGCUUUGCACCCUCCUGGAGUGGUUUUGCCUGGCUGCGAUGUGUCAUUGAACUCCGAUUGUGUCUCUGGCUUGCCGGAUGGAGGGGAGAGAUGGUGGCGGUGCAUGCAUGUGUAGAAAGCAGCCUACUGUACAGAGUUAAAAUGCUUCUGUGUUUUUAUUGCUGCAAACCACUUUGAUAUAUACCGUAUUUUUCGCUCUAUAAGAUGCACCAGACCAUAAGACGCACCUAGUUUUUGGAGGAGGAAAACAAGAAAAAAAGAAUUCUGAAUCUCAGAAGCCAGAACAGCAAGAGGGAUCGCUACGCAGUGAAAGCAGCAAUCCCUCUUGCUGUUCUGGCUUCUGUGAUAGCCGCGCAGCCUGCAUCCGCUCCAUAAGACGCACACACAUUUCCCCUUACUUUUUAGGAGGGAAAAAGUGAGUCAUAGAGCAAAAAAUACGGUAUAUAUAUUUAUUUACGAUAUAUUUGAGAUAUAUAUAUAUUUAUUUACGAUACCCUUCCUACAAACCAGGCCUCGUGUCACGAAUCCGGGCUGAAGAGGAGGACCAGUACUGGCUGAGCAUGGGUCGCACCUUCCACAAAGUGGUAUUGAAGGACAAAAUCAUUACCGUCACUCGGUAUUUGCCAAAGUGAGUAACUUCGGCAGCCUUAGGUCAGGAGUGAGGAACCCUUUUGGCUCUGUGGGCCAAAAUCCAUCCAUUCUUCCUUCUUUCCUUCCUUCUGUCAAAUCUGAUUGAGAGGUGGGUUUUACCACCCACCCGUCAGAAUCCCUUGCAUGAGGUUUCCAGGUUUGGGAGCCAUAGCGCAAGGGGCGUUGCCAGCCAUACACUUUGCAAGCCUCGCACGCUUCUCCUUUCCACCUUGGAUGAUGGAACAAGUCCCUCUCCUACAAGGCACAGUGUUUGGUUUGUUAUAUAUAGGGGGUGAGGUGAUCUUCUGGGUAUUGAUCUUCAGAUGGAACUCCAGGGCCAAUGUGGACUAGCUGCUUGGCUUUAAAAAAUAUGAAAAUAAAAAAGCUUGUGGGUUUGAGUUGCCUUUGUUUUCUCUGUUCUCUUUAGGUAUCCGUAUGAAUCAGCCCAGAUAAACUACACCUACAGCCUGUGCCCUUCCCACUCUGACUCUGAGUUUGUCUCUUGCUGGGUUGAGUUUUCCCAUGAGAGGUUAGAGGAAUACAAGUGGAAUUACCUGGAUCAGUACAUCUGCUCUGCAGGUUCAGAGGAUUUCAGGUAAGUGCUGAGCAGCCUUCAAUAACCUGGUGCUCUCCAGGCAUGUUUGAAAUUCACCAGGCGCAUUUUGCAUCUGGCUAUCGGCCACUUGCGACCAAGUGAAGAUGCCUGAGUGCCAGGAUGGUGCCUGACGUCUCCACCAUCUGGAGGUGCAUGCCUGGGGAUCCUUGGAUUUUCCCUGUUUUCAUCACAUCCUAUAGAAUUCUACCUGUGAUAUUUUAUCUGCAUGAUCGGAACAAAUUUCAGGAGCCAAAAAGUUCCAUUGAAAAAUAUGACUUUUGAGCCGUCCGGCCACAAAAUGGCAGCAAGAACUUCUGUUUCGGCAACCGUAACCAUGGUUUAAGGAGACAUUUGGUACCUAGCUUAUAUAUCUGAGUUUUUAACACUGAUCUCCAGCUGUGUUUGAUAUCAGUUCUUCAGAAGAAUAGGAUGAACUCCUAAAGCAGCAUAAAAAUGUUUCUUUUGAUACUUUUAGGCUUGUUUUCUCAUAGUAAUUUGGGCAAUUUGUCUAUGUCUGGCUGGCUGCUCCCUGUAUUGCAUGGAAAUCUUACUUGUGUUGGAUUUGUGUGUGUUCUGGCUGUGACUGCUCUGCAUCUUUUUUAAUGUAACAGACUUGUUUUGCUUUGUUUUGUUUUGUUUUUAAAAAAGAAGCCCACAACUCUGGUCUCUGGAGUGUGGCAGCAACCCAAUACAGCCACUGCAGCUCCUGCAUCAAGUUUGAGAAGGAGAUGCUUCGAUGGGGAUCUUCUUGUGUACAGGGGAGGGAGCCAUGUCAACCUCUGGGCUGCAGGCUGGCCAGCAGCCCCUUGCCUGGUUGCCCCACGUGGCCAGGAAGCAUCCCCUCCUGGCACCCAAACUCUGAAGUAGUAUGAGAGUUUGGCUCCUCCUUUGCUGCCAGGCUGCAAGGGGUGAGCGCAGAUGGGUAGGAAGAGGUGUAGAAAUCUGUAAAAUAUGUUUGCAAGGUUGGUUGACUUGAUACUUAACUCAAUUUGAGCAGCUUGGCAGACGUUUGCCAUACAUGACACAGAAUCGGAAAAUUUUAGAAUUGGGAAGGGUCUUCCUGCAAGGCAGGAAUCAUGGCCAAAGAAUCCCUGACAGAUGGCCAUCCAACUUCUUGUUUAAAAACCUCCAGUGAAGGAGAGUCCACCACCUUCCAAGGGAGCCUGUUCCAGUGUCGAAUGUCUCUCACCAUCUGGAAGUUCUUCCUAAUCUUUAGUUGGAAUCUCCUUUAUAGUGGUACCUCGGGUUACAGACGCCAGUGUGGUGUAGUGGUUAAGAGCAGUAGACUCGUAAUCUGGUGAACCGGGUUCGAUUCCCCGCUCCACAUGCAGCUGCUGGGUGACCUUGGGCUAGUCACACUUCUCUGAAGUCUCUCAGCCCCACUCACCUCACAGAGUGUUUGUUGUGGGGGAGGAAGGGAAAGGAGAAUGUUAGCUGCUUUGAGACUCCUUAGGGUAGGGAUAAAGCGGGAUAUCAAAUCCAAACUCUUCUCUUCUUCAGGUUACAGACUCCGCUAACCCAGAAAUGGUACCUCGGGUUAAGAGCUUUGCUUCAGAAUGAGAACAGAAAUUGUGCUCUGGUGGUGCGGUGGCAGUGGGAGGCCCCAUUAGCUAAAGUGGUACUUCAGGUUAAGAACAGUUUCAGGUUAAGAAUGGACCUCCAGAACGAAUUAAGUUCUUAACCCGAGGUACCACUGUAUUGUCCAAAGACAUACGCACAUUAUGAUUUCCAUGUGUUUCUCCACCCCACCCCCCUUGGCUUCCCCCCAGUCUCAUUGAGUCGCUGAAAUUCUGGCGGACUCGCUUCCUGCUGCUGCCGGCCUGCAUCAGUGCCACGAAGCGCAUCAUGGAGGGCGAGGCGCACUGCGACGUCUACGGGGGCAAGGCUCGCUCGGACGAGGAGGAGUGGCAGCUCCUGGAUGGCUUCAUCCGCUUUGUGGAGGGGCUGAACCGCAUCCGCAGGCGCCACCGGUCGGACCGGAUGAUCCGGGUGAGCCGGUGACCUGAGCCAGCGCUCUCCGAAUUUUUGUGGGCCCCUUCACACAUUCUGCAAGCCGUAUCGGGGCCUUGUGGCCUGCAUGCUGACUUUUGGCAGGGAGCUGCCGCCAGCCCCUGCUCCCUUGCGAGCCUACCUGCUCGUGAUGCUCGUCAGUCUUUGUACCACUCAUGCUUUUUCUCCACACCUUUGCCAGAUUUUAAUUCUCAUGGGAGUCAAACAGGUAUAAAACUGAUGUAACAAUUUCCUAGUGGAGACUGAGCUGAGGAGGGAUUUUUCUAAUCACAGUCCUACAGUUGAAGAGCUACUGAAACGUCAUGUGACUUAAUACCUCUGGCUCCAUGGUAGAGUACAGGCCUCUCCCCACAACAUGGGAGUUACAUUCCCAGGUAACACACAUGUGCAUGAAAUUGCGUAUAGUGGGGACAGCCUCUAAACCUCUGGAAAUCCUUGAAAAAAACCCUUUUAAAAACCAGCAGCACUUACCAGACUGGCACAAAUCACUCCCUACAAACCAUUCUCAAACUCCCAACUCUCCACAGGCCUCAAAGGUCAGUGCAAAGGCUUAUGGGGUUGAAGUUGCCAAGGCUAACCAUCCCCCCGCUCUCUUUGCACCAUUUUGCAGUUUAAACCGAUUAAUUUCCCAGUGCUGCACGUAUGCAUGGCCGCAUGCGAGUCAAACACACGUAUCUGGGGAGACUUCUAUACCGGCUCUGCAUUCAGAAAGUCCCAGGUGCAGUCUCUGUUGGCAUCGCCAGACUCCCUGCCUUAAAAACUAAGGAACCACUGCCAGCCAGUGUAGGGAGUACUGAGCUAGCCAGACCAAUACUCUUGACUUAGUAUAAGUGAGAUUAUGAUGUUCUUGUGACCUGUUUGUUUUCUCUGUGUGUUUCCCCCUCUUCCCUUUCCAUUGCCCCCCAAUGAUCCCUUUCUAUUUAGAAAGGGACCACUAUGAAAGGCUUGCAGAUGGCGGGUCCGCUUUCCGCUCAUUCUUUGGAACCGUCCGGGCCUCCCCUCUGGGUAAGAAGGGGACCUCUGCACUCUCGGCUCUGCUGGAGAUGGAAGCCAGCCAAAAGUGAGUUGGGACACUAAGCAAUGUGUUGAGUGUCAUGAAUUAUUAUUUUUUUAAAUAGUUUUUAUUGAGAAUUUCAACAUAACAAAUUAUCAAAAACAUAUCAUCUUCAUUUCCCCCCCUCCCCAAGAAAAACCCACCCACCCCCAGACUUCCCUCAGCUUCUCUCUCCAGUUUUUCAACACAUAUAAUUCUCUGCAUAUUAUAAAAUAGUAAAGAUCCUUAAAUUAUUUAUCUAUUAUGUUAACAAUAAUAAAUUUAUGUAUGUUUAUUCAAAGAGUGUCAUGAAUUCUACUCAUAUUGAUCCAGAGCAAAUUCCAGCAUAUAAUUAGCAGAGUAAAAUCUAAAACACGUUGCUGGAUUCCCAAAGGCAUAGACUAGAGGCAAUUAAUAUUCCAUCCAGCAGACCUUUACUGCUACUGGAAGGCAAAUGAGCAUAACGGUCACAAAUCCAAUACAUUGAGGAUUGGCACUGUCCGUAAGAAAUCCAGUUGCAGCAGGCUUGACUUAACAAUAACUUAUAAUAAGACUAAAACCUUAACACUAAGCAUACUAUGUACAGAACACCACAGCAGAAGGAAAAAGAGAUAGAAAAGAGUGAAUCCCAGGCUCCUUCUGGCCUUAUUAUUUAUAUUCAGCAUGACCUUGACAGAAAGAGAUAACAGAACCAGUUUAAGCCAGCUGUGCUCAGCUUCUCUGAAGGAAUAACCCAAACAUCAUGAACCUUCUGCUUGUUUCUAGGCAGAAUAGGAACUUACGUGUCAGCUAGAAACUUCCAGCUUGCACCUGUUUGUAUCACGCAGAGAAGCUUCCAGAGCCCUCUUGAAUUAAUUAGAAUAGGAAAGAUCUCUCCACAUAUAGGAAAGAUCUCUCCACAUCAGAUCAAUAAUUUCUGAACCAGAGCAACCGACGUGACUUUGUGCAACAGGCCACAUUCUGCGCAGAAACACACAUGCAGGUUGAAAGGGUCAAGUGGGCAGCCAAACUGUUCUUGUGGUUACUGCCCGCAAAUAAGAAGUGUGAGUUCAUCCCUCUGUUCUGCCUGCACUUUCUUCUCCAGGACCCUGGGAGAGCAGCAGGCGGCGGCAGCAGCAGCAGCACUUGCUGGGAAGAGCUCCAGCCAGCCAGCCGAGAACAGCAGCAGCAUCGCCAUGACACCAACGUAUGUGGACAGUCCACGCAAGGUAAGGACAUGGCCUCUGGGGCUUGGUUUCAAAGAGGCCACGUUUGCCCCAUGCAUGUUGCUGGCAUGGACCCAUCUGCUAACUCUUCCGGCCGAGCUGUAGCCUCACUCGCUCCAUGCGGGGUCAUGACUCUGUUGUCUGUGUGAGGGAAUUCCAGAGGGUUUGACCACACCGUCCGGGAAAACGUAAAGAGACACAAUGAGGAAUCUUGAGUGGUGUCUGUAACAGCUUCCGGUUUGGAUGACUUUAAAAGCGGGGUUCGUCCCGUUCACUGAGGACAAGACCAUCAGCGGCUGCAAGCCAGUGAUAGCUGUGCUCUCCUCCUCUGUCAGAAGCAGUACACUCAGGAACCACAAGUGGGGAGAGCACUGCUACGUCCAGGUCCUGCUUGUGGUUGUCUUCUCUUUGGACUAGAUGGGCCAUUGGCCUGAUCCAGCAGGCUCUUCUUGUGUUCUUACAGUGGUGCCUCGCAAGACGAAAUUAAUCCGUUCCGCGAGUCUCUUCGUCUUGCGGUUUUUUCGUCUUGCGAAGCACGGCUAUCAGCGGCUUAGCGGCUAUUAACGGCUUAGCGGCUUUAAGAAAAGGAAACAAACUCGCAAGAACUCGCAAGACGUUUCGUCUUGCGAAGCAAGCCCAUAGGGAAAUUCGUCUUGCGGAACGACUCAAAAACGGAAAACUCUUUCGUCUAGCGAGUUUUUCGUCUUGCGAGGCAUUCGUCUUGCGGGGCACCACUGUACAUGUGUACGUAGCCUUGUGCAAACGAGUGUCUGUGAGGAACUAUUUGCAGCCCUUCCACUUCAGCAGAAUCCAUCCAGUCCCUUUGGCUUGGUCCAGCUGCUGUGUUUUUGUUUUGGUUUUACACUGGCUUCUUCAAAACUUAACAAAAACACGGGUGGACAGGGAGUUUCUCUGGGUCAGCCAAGCUACCUGGAUUUGUGCAUCCUUUAAAGGAGAGAGGGUGCAGGUGUGAAACAGGGAGCCGGUUUGGAAAGGACGUCGGACAGCCGUCCUCCCAAGCCUUUGUAAAUGUUCACCAUGCUGAAGGGCCUUUGCGUUGGUGUUUCAGUGUGAUCUAUCGGCUGUGCGGAGCAGUUAACCAGGUUGAAAUUAAAAUAAGCUGAAUGCGCUGGCAUUCUAUGCCUUUUCUGAUAACAUCGUCGGCCUGGAUAGCUCAGUUGGUUAGAGCGUGGUGGUGCCAGGGUUGCAGGUUCGAUCCCCAUAUGGCAGUGGUGGCCAAACUUGGCCCUCCAUCUGUUUUGGAACUACAGUUCCCAUCAUCCCUGGCCACUUGUCCUGUUAGCUAGGGAUGAUGGGAGUUGUAGUCCAAAAACAGCUGUAGGGCCAAGUUUGGCCACCACUGCCAUAUGGGUACAGCUGCAUACUCCUGCAAUACAGGGCAUUGGACUAGAUGAUCCUCAGGGUCCCUUCCAUUUCUACAAUUCUGUGAUUCUAUGAAGGGCAGAGGAUUGGAGCUCUUGGGAGUUCUAAAAGUGCAUCGCAUUAUUAUCCCAGUAUUGCAGAGAAUGGGCUGAAGCUGAAACCCAGUGCCUUGCUUCUGCUACCAACUGGCAAAGUAUCCUCAGGCAAGGUUUAAGAUGGAGUUAAUGCAGUUCCCAUGCUUAGUCACACCAUGCUAGGAGUUACCUUGGCUAUUAAGACCCAGGUUGCGUAUCUAGGAAACUGCUGCACCAAGAAAGGCAUUAGAUGCACCAUCAUGGAGCAAAGGCCUCUCCUGAUCACAUGUGAAAAACCUGGAGAAACUCCACCCUCCUAGUGAAACUGAGAAAUAAAGUUAUGCAUGGCAAGGAGAGAUGCUGCAGCUCAUGGACAUACAGUGAAACUGAAUGUUGGAGAAUUCAGGAUGGGUGAAAGAAAGUCCUUUUCACACAAGAGUUAAACUUCCAAAGGCAAUGAUGGCCAACAGCUUAUGAGAGUCUUUGAAAGAGGAUUCAACAAAUCGAUGGAGGGGCAUAAGGCUAUGUUCUCACUCCACUGGUGGAGACAGUAAAUGCCUCUGGAUACCAGUUGCUAGAAACCACAGAAGGGGAGAGCGCUGUUGUUGUACUCAAGUCCUGCUUGUGGGUUUCCCUUGGCAACAUACAGUAGACCUCCCCGCUCCAGGAAAGACACCCCCUUGCGCCCCUUCCCCAUACUUUGAAUGGAUGAUGUGCUUGCAGGAAAGCGGGUGUGUUUUGCAUGCCUUCCCAUUGCUAUGCAACCUUCCUUGCUUCUUGAAAUUAAGAGCCCCCAUGCUGUUAUGCUAGGACCUUGUGGUCAGGGCAAUGGAAAAAUCCAGAAUGUGGACAGGGAUUGAGCACAAAAUUUGGUUUGCUUGGAAUCUCAGCUUGCUUGCUUGCUUGCUUGCUUGUCCGUUUGUUUGAAGGGCAAGUUUCUAGCCCUCAUGCCUGAGAGGAAAGCAUGUGGGAGAUGCCUGACGAAAUCCCAGACACCAGAGGAAUGGUGGAGUUAGAUGUUUCAUGCCUGCAAGAAGUGUCUGUGUCAUUUCGCUCUUCCCGUGGCAAGCAAAGCAGAUUCAAGAUGCAGAGGUCACGCAUGCUGCAGACUCCUGCUUUCUUCAGUGCAGAAUUUUGAUUCCCAGGGUGCAUGGAUCCCUAAUGACUUUGUUUUCAGGGUGUUGAAGCCCUCCUGGCCCGGCAUGCGGUGCUUCAAAGUGCUUGCUCUUUUCACCCUGGGGGAGGCCCCUCUCUGGGUGCUGGAGGUGUUUCCUCCCCCUUCCUUGCCGCCUCCUUUGCCCUUCCUCCUCUUCCUGAUGGUGACAGUUCUGCACAAACGUGUGUCUUCCUCCCCAUCUUGUUCCUGCUGCUGCCACCCACGGCUUUUUGCUCUGAUGCCUUCAGGAUGGGACCUUCUUUGUGGAGUAUGUCCGGAGCCCACGCACAGCGUCUGCCUUCCACACGCAGGUCAGUUUCCUGACAGGCCCCUGCUGUCCCUUGGUGCAGCUGGUCUUUUUAGCGGAGCCCCAUUAUCUCUCCCUCCGCUACCACUUCUGUUCUCCUCUUCCUGGGUUCUUAUGGAACUCCCUCCCACUGGAGGCAGUGAUGCUGGGAUUGCUUUAAAAGAGGGUCAGGCAAAACAACAGAGGAGAAUAAGGAUAUUAGUGGCCACCAGCCAUGACGGCUCUGUUCUGCCUCCACGGUCAGAGGCAGCGAUGGUUCUGAAUGCCAGUUUCUGCAAACCACAGAAAGGGAGACUCGUCUUGCACUCAUCCCCUGCUUGCAGGUCUCCCAGAAGGGGCAACUGGUUGGCCUCCUUGAGGAACUGGAGGCUGGACUAGAUGGGCCGCUGGCCUGAUGUCCUCUCUCCUGUUGGGCCCUGAGGGUUCUGCAUCCCAGGAGGCUCACACCGUCUUCUGCGGCCAGGCAAGAUCUUUUUGCGGUGCGUGACCUGCUUCUAACAGUUUUGAGAGCAGAGGAUGCUGGAAUUGCAGGAGGUGGAGGGAGGACGAAAGUGCCAUUGGGAACAUGCAGUACCGGUUAAUAUAUAAUGAGAGCUGUUCGUUCCUCUUCAGAGAAGGCUGGAGGGGAUCCAGGGCGAGGCUGGCUCUGCAAUUCCAAGCAGAGCAUCUGUUCCUCCUGGCUGCUGAGACAGUGUCAUGUAGGUGGUGAGGGGGGAGGGUGUGAGGGUGUGAAGUGUGGGGCAGCGGGGAGGUGUCAUAUAAGCUGGGCCUGCAGGAAACCAUCCGUCCCCAGGUGGGGAGGGGGCUGCAAUGACGCUAUUCGUUCCUCUUUCCCCCACCCUCCCUUUUUAAUCGUUUUUUGUUGCCUUCUUGCAAAGUGAAAUAAGAGUCAAUAGAACUUAAAUAACUGCUUAAAUAACCUGAAGAGGGUUUCUUGUGUUCAGAAAGAUAAUGAAGGUUGCAAAUCACUCGACUGUGGUGUGAAUUGAAACGCCUCUGGGAAAACAAAAACAGAUUGUCUCUCAACUCGGAACCCUGAUUUAGAGAUGGUGGUGGAGGGUUUUGAAAGCGGCUGAGAUUUUAUUCAUUUGUCGCCUUCAUCUCCCACCUUUUUCUCCCAAGGAGCUCAAGGUGACGUACAUGGUUCCCCCUUUCCUCAUUGAAUCCCCACAACACCUCUGUGAGGUAGGACAGGUAGGGACAGACCUGAGGCCAGGCCCAGUGAGCUUUGUCGUUGAGUGGGAAAUUGAGCCCUAGUCUCCCAGGUCCAAGUCGGAUGCUCUACCACUGAACCACCCCUUCAAAGGAAUUAGGAGGAUGGUAUCCGUUAACGAUUGCUUAUGAAAUUAGAUGGAAGUUUUGCUCAGCGUCGGAACAGAUUCAUAGGUGCUCAAGACAAUCAUUAAUUUUAAGACCUUAAUUUGGACUGUGAUGGUUCCCUCUCUUCCCUUAGCCCCGCUGCCGGCUGAGGCCUUCAGUGCUUCAUUUGUGCGCAUGCACCCCUGUGCCUCAUCUACCAAAGCUUUGACAUACUGUGUUGUUAGCAGCAGAUGGGAUCCGUUUUGGGGGCAGCUGGCCUCGUUUUGACGUGGAGGCUUUUGAGGCUCGCAUUCCUUCCAGAAGGUUCUUUGUUGUUCAUUCCACCGCAACUCCCAAGCCUUCCCUUGGAUCGUCCCACUUUCCAGUCCUUGGGGGGGGGGGAAUGUUCUGUGUCAUCACACAAGCUGCAAGCCUGACUGGUCGGAGGAGAGGAGGAGGAGAACGUCUCAGCUCCUCUCCCCUUCCCCGAAAACUCAAAUUUUAUGUUAUUGCAUUUCAAACCACCUUUUUUUCCUCCUAAGGAGCUCCAGGUGACGUACAUGGUUCCUCCCCUCCUCAAACAGCCCUGUGAGAUACCAUAUUUUUCGCUCUAUAAGACGCACUUCCCCCUCCUGAAACUUAAGGGGAAAUGUGUGUGUGUCUUAUGGAGCGAAUGCAGGCUGCACAGCUAUCCCAGAAGCCAGAAGAGCAAGAGGGAUCGGUGCGCAGCGAUCCCUCUUGCUCUUCUAGCUUCAGGGAUAGCCACGCAAAGCCUCUGGAGCGCAGCUGGAGUGCUCCUCCCUCUUUGCUCAAGAGGCUUUGCGUUGCUUUCUUUUUUCUUGUUUUCCUCCUCUGAAAACUAGGUGCGUCUUAUGGUCGGGUGCGUCUUGUGCAGCGAAAAAUAUGGUAGCUUGGGCUACGAGGCAAUGAUUGGCCCAUCCAAGGUCACACGCCUAGUGAGCUUCAUAGUUAAGUGGGGAUUCGAACCCUGGUCUCCCACAUUCUAGCUCCAACAUACUAACCACUACACUGCACUGGCUCCCUUGAGGGCUUAUCUUAAACAGAAGAGGCAACUCGUACAAUUUCAUAAUCCAGGGUUCUGGUUUUUUUCAGUAAAGUUGUGAAAUGCAAAACACUUCCCAUGAGCUGAGAGGAAGCAGUAAGUGUCCCAAGAAAGGAGCAAAACUGGAGGCAGCAGUGCUUUCUGGAGACCAGUUGCUGGAAACCUCGGGAGGCGAGAGGGCUCUGGUGCCUGGGUCCUGCUUCCAGGUUUCCAACCCCACAGACAUCUGGUUGGCCCCUGUGAGAACAGGGUGCUGGACAAGAUGGUCUGUUGGCUUCAUUCAGCCGGGCUCUUCUUAAUGUUCUUCUGUGGACCCUGAACUCCGCUGCCAGAUAGGUUGGCCUCUCAUCACCUCGCGACAGGAUUCCUCUCCAGGGAAUGAGGAAGGGGCCACAGAUCGGCCAUUCCCAGCACCCUUAGCAAACCACAGUUCCCAGGAUUCUUUGGGGGCAGCCAUGUGCUUUCGAUGAUGGUCUGGGGAAUUGCGCUUGUGGUGCUGCGCUCUACAAAAUACCACAGCGUGGUGACUCCAAAAUGGGCAUUUCCCAGCACUCUGAAAUGCCUUCCUUCUACCAUAGGCAAAGCAUCAUGUAUUGGUUGCUCCAGGUGUCUUCUAAAGUCUAAUCUUCCUGCCCAGGUUUUCCCUGAUCUAGAAGACUGGAACCUGAAAUUACUGAAUGCCUGUUUCUAUAAUACUGUUCUCAUGUUUUGUAUCUCUGAGGUUGUUUUUAAAAAUAAUAAUAAUAAUUGGGUUUUUAUGUUGUAUUCAUAUAUGGCUUUUCAAUAGCAAUCGGUUUAGAUUAAUGCUGCUAAAUUAAAUAAAUGAAUUGUGCCCACAGAGGAGUUGCCUUUCUUUUCCUCCUCAGGUCUCGAUUGAUCAGACAGCCCCUGCCACUCUCGAGGGCGUUGCGCUGAGCAACGCAAGCCAGUCCACAGACAGGAGCAUCAGCCAAGCCUUUGCCAGCUCCCAGAACUUAGGAGACCAGGGAUCUGCCACAUCUGGUUCCAUUGAGAACAGGUGAGUCGGUUGCCACAGGUAAAAGGCUCAUUGUGGGCCUGUUUGGUCUGUAUACCUACGAAAUUGCCUUUCCCCAUACAUUCCCACUUAGCCACUCUGAUCAGCAGAACUGUUCCUCAUUUGUAAGAAAUAGAUUUCAUUUUUUUUGUGUGGCAGCACCUAGACUUUGGAACUCCCUGCCACUUGAGAUCAGAAACCUUCGCUAUGUUCUUUUCGACACCUCUUAAAUACAUUUUUUGUUUAGACAAGCCUAUCCAGAUGUUUAGAUAGUCAGUGCAAGUUUUAAUCUGCUUUUAGCCUAUUGUUAUUUUCACUUUUUGAAAGUUUUAAAUUGUGGUUGUUUUUCUCGUUGGUAAUUUGAUCGUCUUUUUUGUAAACCGCUUUGAGAGGUUUAAAAACAAACAAAAUAAAGCGGUGUAUAAAUUUUAUGAAAUAAAUGUAAUAAAAUAAAUCUCCGGGCUGUCCCAGACUUGAGAUGACACAGCUAUAUUGUCUAGAGUUAACUUUUUGUAAAAUCUGUAUGGGCAGCAGAGCGACUGUACCUGAAUUACAGAAGCUGGUAGAUGUUUAGGCUCCUGCUUUCCGAAGCCCGGCACGGCCUUGAAAGGAGGACAGACUCUUGAUAAUGGAGAGAGACUUAAGGAAAGAGACAAAGGUAGAGAGAAGAAAGUCCUUCUUCAUGCGGCGCAUAGCUAGUUAAACUAUGGGACAGAGGGCAGUGGAGUCCGCAAACCUAGACUGGGUUUAAAACUGGAUUGCACAAAUUCGUGGAGGAGGGGCUUCCUGAUGACUACUAGCUAUGAUGGCUGUGCUGUGCCUCCAUGUUUGGAGGGCAGCAAUGCUUCUGAAUACCAGUUCCUGGAAACCACAGGAGGGGAGACGGCUCUUGUGUUCAGGUCCUGCUUGUAGGCUUCCCACUGGGGCAUCUUGUUGGCCAGUGCGAGGAGGGAGGACGGACUCCCGCCCCACCCCCGCUUGGCCUGAUCCAGCAGGUUUUUCUUAAGUUCGAAGCAGCUGGAGGGCCUUAAGUAGUUAGGGAAGGCUGCCUGAAAUGAGUCAAAUUGAGCUGGCGGCUAAAUAUAUUUAUAUGGUGUGUUGUUUUUUUUAACUUUGCAGCUCUCAGCCAUCCUCAGCAAGCUCCCUGACCUCAUCCUCUACUUUGAUAGAGAUCCUUGAAGCCAUGAAGCACCCCACGUAAGGGCAACUUCUCUCUCUCGCCUCUUAGGCAGUCAACAUUAAGCUACCCCGUGCAGAGUCAGGUCAUGGGUCCAUCUAGCUCAGUAUUGUCCACACUGGCUGGCAGAGACUACAGGGUUUCAAAUGGGGGGGGGGGGGUUGUCUCUCUCAGUUCUACCUAGAGAUGCUGUCAGAACUUUAACCUGGGGGCUUUCUGCUUGCAAAGCAGAUGCUAUGGCCCUGCCCCUAAAAAUAAGAUUUCUAGUCCUCAUGCUUCUGAAUAAAGGGUCGAUGUAACUGGGAAGCAGCCUCAUACUGAGUGUCUCAGGAGCGUGCCAGUCAGUUGGAGAUAAAAGAGUUGGAGUUAACUCGAAUUCCACAGACUUGGUUGAGUGUCAGGCCUAGUGAACAGAGCAGCUCAUUCCUGCUGGUCUUAGUCCAUGAAAAUCAGUUGCCAACACUGAAAGUCCCUGCUUCCUCACAGCCUGUCUAAGUCCCCUCCUCUCUAGGGCUUUUUCCAAGCAAUUGGAGACUGCGAUUGCAUGCAUCCAACCAACCUCUCCUCUGCCCUUUUACUGCCUCUCCUGGUUCUGGGAGACAAGGCGGGAAGAGAGUUUGUUGCAGCAGGAGGGGGAGACACUCGUGACUCUUCGCCAGCCUGAUUCAGCUUUGCCUCUUGCUCCCCCCCACUCUUUCCAGCCUCCUCUUCUGCCUCUGAUUCUGGACUCCUCUCUGUCACAGACUCCUCCAGCUCACUAACCUCUGACACCUUUUUCCAGUCUGUUCCCUCGGACCACUCAUCAUUGCCCCACCACCACUUCCCGAGCUCUGAGCGUUCUUCCCUUGGUGGCUUCCCACCUGGUGCCUCCCACCACUCCUCUGCAGCCAUCCGGUUCAUGACACCAAGCUAGACCAUUGGUUCAGCUUGCUCAGUGUUCGUCUACAUGGACGGGCCGUGGCUCUCUGGACCGGAGUCUUUCUCCCAGCCCUACCUAGCACUGCCAUUAGGGAUUGAACUUGUGUAUGCAAAGCAGAUGGUCUGCCACUGAGCUGCAGCCUUCCCCAGCCCAGAUAGUCUUAGUAUCCUUCUCCAGAAGAACAGACCACAAGUGGAUACACCUGCAUGUCAAGGGCUGGCAAGGGGAACAAUAUUAACCCUGCCUGUGUUAACAUUCUGUCCCUUCUCCCGCUGGGCUUCAGCACAGGGAUCCAGCUGCUGUCAGAACAGAAGGGGCUCUCCCCGACCUGCUUCAUCAGCGCGGAGGUGGUCCACUGGCUGGUGAACAUGGUGGAAGGUGUGCAGACCCAGGCCAUGGCCAUUGACAUCAUGCAGGUGAGAAGAGCGUGCACACAUUCCUGUAUGGCUUGAUACCCUGAACCAGCUGCAAUUGAGACCUUUGCUUUACCAGGGUGCUAAUGGGCAUGAAAAGUGCCUCCCUUGGGCAAUAGGAAAGGCAACAGACUUCAGCAAUGGGCAGAGGGGUCCCAGGCAGUGUUCAAGAGAAGAAGGUGGAGCCCCCCUCCCCCCGCCAUAUUUUCAGCUCUUCACUUCACCCCAUAGUGCUGAAUGCGUACAUAAACACCCACUCAAGUUAUAGGGGGGUGGAAUACAAGGUGCAGUUGAGAGGACCCCUACUGGGAUGGUGGGGAGCCUGCCCCCUAGGCCCUGGAGACGACACGCUCUCCUGCCAGCCCUGGAGACCCUAACCCUGCUUCUGUCUGCAGAAAAUGCUGGACGAGCAGCUCAUCACCCAUGCCUCAGGAGAGGCCCUUCGCACCUUCAUCUAUGGGUUUUACUUCUACAAGAUCAUGGAAGACAAGGAGCAGGAGCGAGGUCAGGCUAUGUGUGGUGAAAGGCAACUUGCACCCCUUGUGGAGGCUUGGGUGGGUGUUUGGUGGGGGGGGCUUCCUCAGGGAUGCUGGUCUUGCAAUGGUAGCACUGGGCAUCCUGUAGAGAUGACGCAACACGCCAUUUCACAGGGAUCUCUCCUCCUUUUCUUCCUGCAGUGGGAAUCCAGCAGCCAGCCAUGUGGCACACGGCUGCCAAGGACGACUUUUCUGCCUUCCAACGGAAGUGGUUUGAGGUGGCCUUCGUAGCCGAGGAGCUCCUCCACUCUGAGAUCCCGGCUUUCCUUCUGCCUUGGCUACCCAGCCGCCCGGCCUCCUACGCCAGCAGGCACAGCUCCUUCAGCCGCAGCUUUGGAGGACGGAGCCAGGCAGCUGCGCUGUUAGGUGAGAUGAUGGCCGCAGGUGGUAUGGGGAGAAUUUAGCCCUUGCGGCUGUCAGAAACGCCACAGAGUUCAUGAUGUGUGCAUAAGAGGAAGAGAGGGUUUAAACCAGGCACUGUUAAGCAGGCACCUUCCAGAUGCUGGUUGGGGGCAGUAGCCCAGAACAUCUCAAGGGCAGCAGGAUCAUUGUAGGGCUGGGUAAUCUAAAUCUAAUUGCAAUACAGUGGUACCUUGGGUUAAGAAUUUAAUUCCUUCUACAGGUCUGUUCUUAACCUGAAACUGUUCUUUACCUGAGGUACCACUUUAGCUAAUGGGGCCUCCUGCUGCCGCCAUGAGAUUUCUGUUAUCAUCCUGAAGCAAAGUUCUUAACCCGAGGUACUAUUUCUGGGUUAGCGGAGUCUGUAACCUGAAGCGUAUGUAACCCGAGGUGCCACUGUAUACUACUUCAACAAGUUUCCAGAGUGGGGCUGAGAAGAUGGAAGUUUAGAUGGUCAAAUACAUCCUGUGGCCUCACUUUUCAAGACCACCAACAAAUAGAGAUAAGAAUUAAUCUCCGAUUCGGGCAGAACGUGAAAUAUGACUUAACCAAACUGUUCAUCUUGCCACCAUAUAAUAUUGGGUGUAGUCCAUCUCCAAUGUUCUGAUCCCCCCCCCUCAAUAAAAAUUGCAUUAAAUGGAGGGUAGAAAUGUAGGGUUGGAAUGGUACCCACAAGGGUCCUUUAGUCCAAUUGGCUGCAAUGCAGGAAUUACAGCUAAAAAAUGGCUGACAGAUGGCCAUCCAACCUUCAUCUGAAAACCCCCAGCGAAGGAGAGCCUACCUUCUUCUGGGGGGUCCAGUCCACUGUUGGCAAAGGCUGGUUAAAACAGCUGCCCCUAAAACCAGCAACCCCUGCUGAGCAUACAUAGGAAGCUGCCUUAUGUACUGAAUCAGGCCCAUUGCUGAGACCCUUCUGUAUUGUUUACUCAGAGAUAAGUCCUGUUCAGCCAAGGUCCCUUGCGCUUGUCAUUAGAAGCUUCCUCCUUGUAGUUCCCCCACUCUUAACGGCUUCCUGCUGUUCUGGUUCCCUGACUCACGGCAGCUGCCACAGUGCCGGAACAGCGGACGGUGACGCUGGACGUGGACAUCAACAACCGCACGGACCGCCUGGAGUGGUGCAGCUGCUACUACCACGGCAAUUUCUCCCUCAACGCCGCCUUCGAGAUCAAGCUGCACUGGAUGGCUGUGACGGCGGCCGUUCUCUUUGAGAUGGUGAGAGGGUUGGGCAGGAACGGUCCUUGCUGAGAACUGGCAUUAGAGAAUCGAAGGUUAGGCCAGUUUCUUUGGUGCGAGGAAAUAACAGCACUGCUGUAGUUACGCCUAUAAUUGUGGCGUUAUCUAGGUUUACGUUGUCCUGCUGAAGAAUUUGGUCGCAAACCACAAGUUUGGGGUGUUGCUGUGCCCUCAUAUGGGCCCUGGCAAGUGGCUCCUCUAGGCCUUUCUACCUCUCCCUCUCUUCCUCAAUGUGGCUCUGCUCCUUCUCCUCCCAGGUCCAAGGUUGGCAUCGCAAAGCCACUUCCUGUGGGUUUCUGCUGGUUCCUGUCCUUGAAGGCCCGUUUGCGCUGCCCAGUUACUUGUACGGAGACCCCCUUCGAGCCCAGCUCUUUAUCCCUCUCAACAUUAGCUGCCUGGUGAAGGAGGGCACCGAGCACCUCUUUGAUGGUAAGGAAGAGAGGGAGGCAGUGGCAACUUGGUGACUCAAGUGAGAGUGGAAGGUCUGCCCUGCCCCCCCCCCCCGGCAUAAAGCCCAGCAGUGUUGCUCUGGGCUCUGGUUGGGUCCUGUGGAAUCUGAAGUUGGAUGCAUGGGAAAUUUCAGUCUUGUGGAACACUCUGCCAAUAAAGAUUCAGCGGGUGCCUUUUUCCCCAGCUUUGAAAUGCCUGCUGAAAACUCUUCUAUUCUGCCAGGCCAAUGCUGACAAUUAAGUGCACACUUCUGCAAUGGUUUUAACUUUUUCGUGUCUGGUUUUAUGCCUCUAUUGCUGUAAACUGCUUUGAUUUAAUUUUUUGACCCAGCAGUAUACAUUUCCCCCCCAAAUAAAUCAUAAUAAUUAAAUUUGGAAAGGUGUUGUUUGCACCUCCUGGUGACAGGAGAAGAUUCCCUUUGCUCAGUUUCAAAACUCUGCUCACUGUGGAGCUUGGAGUUGGGCAAGGAGGUAGUCAGUGCUCAUGCAGUCCUCAUUUUCAGUCUCUCCCUCCUUCCUGCCCUGUCUCAGAUUGGCAUGGGAGACACUCACUUAAAUUAUUGUGUGUGUGUCCUAAUUUCCCUGAUAAGUUACCCAUAGAUUUGUUUAGGCUUCUCCUUCUGGAUCCUCCUCCAGUUUUAGUUCCUGCCUUCAUCAAAAGCUAAUGGGUUUCCUCCUCCUCCUCCUCCUCCUCCUCCUCCUCCUCCUCCUCUUCCUCUUCCUCCUCCUCCUCCUCCUGUCAUCUGGUGUAUGCGGGGUGUUUUUUCUGAGGUGCUGUAUUUUCCCCCUCCUGGUUUAAAAAUCUGAGCCCCUGUCCCUCUUGCACCGAGACUCCAGACACAGCUGUCUGGCAUGUAGGAUCUGAGAGGAUGAUCUGCCUCCAGAUCUGCCUCCUGCUCACCUGACUAGAAGGAAGCCUAGGGCAGCAACUCAUACAGAGGUGCAGCAGGUGCACUCCUCUGAGGGCAGAUCAUUCUACUGCAACUGGUGUGACUGAUGCCAUUUAAGUAGAGACAGAAUCUCAUUUUGGACUACACCUCCCAUCAAUCCCCAGCAUCAUAAUGCUAGCUGGGGGUGAUGGCAGUAGUCCAAAACUUCUAGAGAACAGGAGGUUGGUGAAGACUGGAAUUUGGCAGCUUCCAACACUCUAAGGGGAGUGGGGCGCUGUAGUCUCCCAAGAACCACAAAUGGAUUUCUUGUUCUAGCAAUGACUGCCUUAAAGCAGUGUCCACCUCGCCAUUUGAGACUUCAUGAUGAAUGUCCUGCCAGGUGGUCACAUCCCUCAUUCCACCACCCCCGCCUGCCUCCCCCUCCCCACACCCAAUAUGGAAUGAUCCAGACUUCUGCUGUGCAAUUGCUUCCACUGUUACCAUAGUUACCUCCCUCCCACCCCAAAAUAUUUCAGACUUAAGGUGCUUUCUGGGAACAUGAAAGGAAGGGAACAGCCGGUGGCUUUUCCCUGUCCGGUGAUGAGCCAAAAGGCAGGAGGGGCUUCCUCGUUGCAAACAAGUGGCAAAGAUCCCCAAAAAGGGGAAUGCCCAGUUAUGAAAGCUAAUCUGCUUCAUUUGUCUGUCUCCAACCUGAGUCUUGCCAGCUCUUGGAACUAGAACCUCUAAAUAUGGCAUCAUCAUCAUCAUCAUCAUCAUCAUUUUUUAUUUAUACCCCGCCCUUCCCAGCCAAGGCGCUAACAAGCAAUAAUAAAAACAAGUUGAAUGAAUACAACUUAAAAGCAAGAUUAAAAUACUGAAACAUUAAAAUAUUAAAAUGCAGCCUCAUCACAGGAGGAGAAAGGAAAAAGAAAGAGGGGGAGGGAAUCAAAUUGGCUCCAAGCCAAAGGCCAGGCGGAAAAACUCUGUCUUACAGGCCCUGCGGAAAGAUGUCAGAUCCUGCAGAGCCCUGGUCUCAAGAGACAGAGCGUUCCACCAGGCCGGAGCCAGUGUUGAAAAGGGCCUGGCUCUGGUUAAAGCCAAUCUAACUUCCUUAGGGCCUGGGACCACUAGGGUGUUGCUAUUUAUGGACCCUUUUCCUCCCUCCACCCAGUAUUAAUACUGUCUCCCCUGAGACCAGCAGCAUCUCUGGAAGAGAAGGAGAUGGGUCUUUCCUAUCCGCCCCUGCUGCUUUCUGACAUGAGUUCCAGCACUAAGCUAUGGCCCUCCCACAUGCAUGUGUUUUAAGGAAGGAGGGCUGGUGCAACAACCGGGCCCUCCUCCCUACACAUGCAGACGUCUUUAGGUGCAAUCUGAUCCUAUCCUGCUAGCAGGGUUGGAAAGUCACCCAAUUGUUCUCUUCCAGGCUUUGAGCCAGAGACCUACUGGGACCGCAUGCAUCUCCUUCAGGAGGUGAUUGCACACAGGUAAGCCUAGAAGAGGGCAGGCUGAGGAGCGUCUGUUUAACCCUUGAGCCACAAGGACAAUCAUUUGUUGGGGGGCGGGGGAGAGUGAUCAGGCAUGGGGAAUGAGAUCAAUAAGGUUUUCUGCAGGAGUCUUCGCUUUUAUACAACCUUCUGCAAACAAGCUGCCAGGUUCCUGCUCAUGUGCAGAAUGCAGUCAUUCCUCUUGUCACUUAGGAACAUAGGAAGAACCUGCCUUACUCUUUGUCAGAGCACUGUGUCUACCUAAUUCAGUACACCGACUGUCAGGAAUUCUCUAGGGUUUCAGGCAAGGGGGUCUCACCUGGGGAUGCCAAGGGAAAAACCCAGGACCUUCUGCAGACGAAGCAGAUUAUCUCUACCCCUGACCUACUGCCCUUGCCCUAUCCUAGGAGGCUGCCUUGUCCUCCAUUGGCCCAUCUAGCUAAGCAGUGCUCCCACUGAGUGGCAAGACUGGCUCUCCAGGGUUUUAGGCAAGGAGUCAUUCCCCAGCCCUACCUGAAGAUGCUGCUGGGGACUGAGUUUGGGACCCUUCUGCAGGAAAAGGUACAGCCCUUCCGCGAUUCCUUGCUAAUUUCCUUCUGCAACGUUUUCUUCUCUCUAGGUUUGGGUUUGUGCAAGAUAAAUAUUCUGCCUCUGCAUUCAACUUCCCUUCAGAGAACAAACCCCAGUACAUUCAUGUCACAGGUGAAUACUCUUUUUUUCCCUCCUUCUGGGCUUGUGACCCUCAAGACACAAAGCAUCCUGUGAGCAGCUGGCCUUGUAUAAAACCACCAGAACAUCCAGCAGAGAAAUAUGCUGAAUGAGGAGAUGAGUCAGCAAAAGGCCCCUAGCAAACAAUACAGUGGUGCCUCGCAAGACGAAAUUAAUUCGUUCCGCAAGUUUUUUCUUCUUGCGAGUUUUUCGUCUUGCGAUGCACGGUUUCCCAUAGGAAUGCAUUGAAAAUCACUUAAUGCGUUCCUAGGGAAACCGACUUCAGACCAGGUCCGGGGACAGUCUGUCCCCCGACCUCUUCUGAAGGCUGGGGGACAAGGGCUUUUCUUCCCACCCACCCCAGCAUUUUAAAACCCCGGGACAGCGGAGGGCUUCUCCGCUGUCCGGGGCGAUCUUAAAAUGCUGGCGGGCGGCAUUUUAAAAUUGCUCCGGGACAGCGGAGGACUUCUCCGCUGUCCGGGGCAAUUUAAAGCUCCUGGGAAGGCAGGCAGGGGGACAAAGACUUUGCCCCCGCCAGCCUUCAGAAGAGGUCCUGGACCUCUUCUGAAGGCUGGCGGGGGCGAAAGUCUUUGUCCCCCCCACCUGCCUUCAAAAGCUGUCCAGCCAAGGCUUCGCGGACCUCUCCGCAAGCAGCGGCAGCGCUGCCGCUGCUUGCGGAGAGUUGCCGGCAUGCCGAGGCCUGCGCGCGCUGAGAUCAGCGCGCCCAGGCUUCGCGGACCUCUCCGCGAGCAGCGGCAGCGCUGCCGCUGCUUGCGGAGAGCUGCCGGCAUGCCGGAGCCUGCGCGCGCUGAGAUCAGCGCGCCCAGGCUUCGCGGACCUCUCCGCGAGCAGCGGCAGCGCUGCCGCUGCUUGCGGAGAGUUGCCGGCAUGCCGAGCCUGCGCGCGCUGAGAUCAGCGCGCCCAGGCUUCGCGGACCUCUCCGCGAGCAGCGGCAGCGCUGCCGCUGCUUGCGGAGAGCUGCCGGCAUGCCGAGCCUGCGCGCGCUGAGAUCAGCGCGCCCAGGCUCGCGGACCUCUCCGCGAGCAGCGGCAGCGCUGCCGCUGCUUGCGGAGAGCUGCCGGCAUGCCGGCCUGCGCGCGCUGAGAUCAGCGCGCCCAGGCUCGCGCGGACCUCUCCGCGAGCAGCGGCAGCGCUGCCGCUGCUUGCGGAGAGUUGCCGGCAUGCCGGGCCUGCGCGCGCUGAGAUCAGCGCGCCCAGGCUUCGCGGACCUCUCCGCGAGCAGCGGCAGCGCUGCCGCUGCUUGCGGAGAGUUGCCGGCAUGCCGGGCCUGCGCGCGCUGAGAUCAGCGCGCCCAGGCUUCGCGGACCUCUCCUGCCUUCAAAGCCGUCCGGGAUAGCGGGAAGCGCUUCCUGCUAUCCCGGACUGCUUUUAAAAUGCUGGCGGUGGGGAGCAAGCCUUCGGCCCCGCCAGCCUUCCUGGACCUCUUCUGAAGGCCGGAGGGGGGAAGGCUUUGCUCCCCACCGCUAGCAUUUAAAAGAGGUCCUCGGAGAUUUCCUAUGGGCUUUCGUCUUGCGAAGCAAGCCCAUAGGGAAAUUCGUUUUGCGAAGCGCCUCCAAAACGGAAAACCCUUUCGUCUAGCGGGUUUUCCGUCUUGCGAGGCGUUCGUCUUGCGGGGCACCACUGUAACUGCUUUAUCAUUGAAGGCAAAGCUUUGCAGCAGAGUAGUGGGCUAGGUCAGGGGUGGGCACAGUGCUUUUUUAAAAAGGAGGCACUCAAGGGUACGCAGUACCCCCCCUUUUUUUGUUAAAAAGUGUGAUACUUACAGUAACAACUUCAUGGUGAGUACCGGCACCUAUUUUUCUAGGAAAAAAGCACUUGGAGGGCAGAAAGGAGACUGGCCAAGGGGAGGGGGUGCCAAUCUGAUUUGCAAGAGACUAGCAAGGGGUGCAGUUUCUCAUACCAAGACUAGGCUUCUGAAAUAAAGAAUGCUUCAAAGUAGCCAGGAUUGGACUUCUGACAUCAAUUCAAUCCUGGUUCUGAAAACCACUUCCAAGGCUCAGAAUGUGCUCAGAGGUACCCUUUUCUUCCAUUCUAACUGUGUCUUUUGCUCUUGGCUCCAAUUGGUCAGGGACUGGUUGGUAAGUGUGCUGUAGAGGAAUCCCAUAACACCCAAGUGCCUCGGCCAAUUGAGUCCCCUACAGCCCGCCCACCAACCGGUCACCAAAGAGAGAAAAUGAGUAAGUUGCUAGAGAGGACCCUGGAAGGCAGCUGGUAGGGGCUCUGUCCUUCUCCAGAGGAGAGUGAGCUUAGGGCGAGGUUUGCCUUGCCCUGGGGGCCCCACCCACCGGCUUUCCUUCGUCCAAUGGCACAAGCUCUUUCUCAAAGUUCUGGCAACAGGCUUGUGUUGCUGCAUCUGAUUUGCUCCUCGGCUGGAAGGGCCUAUAGCAGUGGGGAAGGGAAAAGCAGCCUCGGCCAUGUAUACCUGAAGGAGUGUCUCUACCACCGUCAUUCAGCCUAGACAGAAUUCCAGCACCGUGGGCCUUCUUGCAGUUACCUCACUGCAAGAAGUGAAGUUGCAGGGAACCAGGCAGAGGGCCUUAUUAGUGGUGGCACCCACCCUGUGGAACGCCCUCCCAUCAGAUGUCAAGGAAAUAAGUAACUAUAUAACCUUUAGAAGACAGCCCUAUAUAGGGUAGGCAACCCAGUAUAGGGAAGUUGUUUAACCUUUAAUGUUUUAUUAUGCUUUUAUAUGUCUUGGAAGCCACGCAGAGUGGCUGGGGCUACCCACUCAGGUGGGUGGGGUACUACUACUAAUAAUAAUAAUCAACGCAAGAAAUAUUAUUAGAGUUCAAGGGUAGCCCGGUGAGGGGUGUGGCUCGGGGGGAGUUCAGAGUGCCUGAUAGUGAGGCCUAAAGUUUUUGACUAGCCUUUCUGGUUUAAGUAAUAAAAUAAUAAAAUGCGAUCACCAACCCUCCCUCUUUGAGCAAGCUUGUGGCAAUAAGGUUGACUGAGAAGAGAUGUUUUGCAAAAGCUGUACUGCUAGCUCAUGCUGGAGUUGGUUGCAAAAACCUCAGCAAAGCAGGUUUUACAAAGGAGGCAAGCUCAUUUUAAGAACAGAACUAGCAGGCUUGCUAAUUCUGCUGUAAGUUGACCAGGGUCGCAGUAUGCAUCAUACACUGACAUGUAUCCAUCACUAACCUAACUGCAAUAUGAGAUUGUUGCUGCUUUUUUAAAAAACGGGCUCCUCUCGAUUCAGGGACGGUGUUUCUUCAGCUGCCGUACUCCAAACGGAAGUUCUCUGGGCAGCAGCGACGGCGGCGCAACUCCACCAGCUCCACCAACCAGAAUGUCUUCUGCGAGGAGCGCAUCGGCUAUAACUGGGCCUACAACACCAUGCUGACCAAAACGUGGCGGUCCAGCGCCACAGGGGAUGAGAAGUUUGCUGACCGGCUACUGAAGGACUUCACUGACUUCUGCUGGAACAAGGACAACCGGCUGGUCUCCUUCUGGACAGGCUGUCUGGAAAAGAUGCACGCCAGUGCCCCUUGA